GUAGUGAAGUGUUACUGUUGUAUUUCCCUUCUACUAGUGAACACAGAGCCAGACUGUCAGCCAAUCACUGUGCAGGCAUGUCCUUUCAAGUUAAACAGCUACAAUAAAAAACCUUAUAAAUUGUAACCUUACACCUAUUUUUGGAAUUGUUCCUUUAUUUGCCAUUUACAGUAUCUGAGGGCCGCCCUAUCCCAGCUGAAUGACACACUAGUGAGGUAAACCAUAUUUGAGCUCGGGCUGGCCUGGGAUUGGCUACUGUGCUUGUUGUUGGUCCUGGAUGAAGGAGGAAAUGUGAAGAGUAAGGGGCGGGCUGAGAGCUAAUCACAGAAUGCCAGUACAGACAAUGCAGUGAGGAGGAAGAGGAAGGCUGUCUAGGCUGCUCAGGCCCACAGGCCAGGUAAACACAUAGGAGGAGCCAGAUGUUCAUAGAUAAACAGAGGCUGUCUGUGCGUGGAAUGCGGGAUGUCUGAACAUUCCACUGAUCAAUCUGUGCAGCGAGGCCCAGGCUGGCAAGUAUGAAGUCACGCUUUAACCCUAGGAGUGCUGGGCAUCCCAAUAGCCCACUGACUGAUGAUAAGCACCUGUACCAAGUGUGAUACUAUUUAUCAACAGCAUUCUGAUCACAGCCAAGAGGGUCUUCCCAAACUGUGAGACUCAGUGCAGCUGUCACCGGCAUUCAGGGGUUAAUGUAAGGCUAUUCUGAGUCUCACAGCUUGGAAUCUAGGCUGAUUAGUCAUUUGUUUUGAUGACCGCGAUCAUUAAUUUGCAUUAAAGUAUUAAUUCAUAAUGUAGUAACCAACGUUCCCUUGCAUAUGCUGUUCAUCUCUUAUUAUGGUAAAAGCCUUCCAUUAGCACACAAUACGCCUACUUCUCUCGGUAGCUUAGUUCUUUUGAACUCUUGCUUUUUGUGGACUGCCUUUCCCUUGAUGCCCAGGCAGCCAGUUGGCUCACUGAAAGCCAUCAGCCUGUGUCUACUAAUAUUGAAUGCAUGGACACAGGCUGGUGUCUUUAAACAAAUCAAUUGAUGAAUAUUCUUUGAAUAUAUAUUUUAGAACAAAUAAUAUUAAAGUCCAUGUGUUCUAAUGAGAAUUAGGCAUGUAGCCUGAAAUAAAUUGUAUUAAGAUCAUUAACAAGGUAAAAGAGAAUUUUACUUUUACUACAGAGUGUAACUAUUUGAGUCCUUGCUGUAUUCUGUAUAAAAGCCUCCCAUCACGAAGAAAGCGACAUAUAUAGCUAUUCUACUACUAGCACAUCUUUUAAUUUCUUCCAAUGCACUGCUUUUCCGUCUUAUUGAUGUCACAUUAUAGAAGAAUUUGCAUAUUAUAUUAGAGUUGAGCGAACUCGAACUGUAAAGUUCGGGCUCAUACCGAACAUUACGAUUUUUUGACCCCCGAACCCAGACAUUUCAGUAACAGUUCGGGUUCAAGUUCGGUGUUCGGCGAUUUAAUGGUUUGUUUUGGAAAGCUGCAGGGUAGCCAAUCAACAAGCGUUUGACAAAACUGCCGAAUUGCGUCCUAACAGAAUGAGAACAGUUUCUCCAUUCGUGUUAGAACGCAAUUCGGUACUUUGUUCGGAUCGCAAUUUCAUUAGAAUGAAUGAAACUCUGAUCCUAUUUAUUGCGGCAGCUGCAUCUUGCAGCCGCUUAGUAGAUAACUCCCUAAUUCCCACGGUAUUAGGGAGCUAUCUACCAAAAGGCUGAAAGACCUAAAUUGGUCUAUCAGCCACAUUUACUAAUACUAAGUAAAGAUUACUUAGUAUUAGUAAAUUCAGCCCCUACUCGCUAUACCGCGAGAGUAGGGGCAUGUCUAAGUAACCAAUCAGAGUGUUAUGAGUCAAAUUACGCAGCGUCGGUUCCAAAGAACUUUCCCACGCUGUGUAAAAUGACACAGAGCACUCUGAUUGGUGGAUUUCAAGUCAACCAAUCAGAGUGCUGUGACAGGUAAAUGUAGAGACUUACCUUUCAGUCUCUUUAUUUACCUGUCAGAGCAUUCUGAUUGGAUGGCUUAAACCCACCAAUCAGAGUGCUCUGAGCCUAAUUGCAGGGCGGGGAAAGGCUUUAUAAGCCUUCCCCCGCCCUGCAGAGCUCAAUCUGCGCGGAGCCCUCCAUGGGUGAAGAUGGAUUAUUUUUAUUUAUUUAUUUAUUUAAAGUGCGUCGGUUAUUAUGGAUUUUUAUUUGGCCUUUUUUGUUGCUGAAAAAAGAUUUUAGAAGAAAGAAAACAUCAAAUGGUAAUGUUUUUUUUUUUACAGGUACUUAGCUAAUGGUACCCCCCUCAUUAUUUUUAGGGUGAGGGGGUAGGUAGGGGUUAAUUUAUUUGGGGAGGGGGGUGACUAGAAUUUGGAGACCCCAAGUCACCUGGGGGAGGGGGGUUAAUUUUUUAUUUAGGGCCCCCACCUGCCGCUCAGCGGUGAGGGCCAGGGGGGAAUACAUUAGGCCCCCCCCCUUAUUGGUAUUUAGGGCCUCCACCCACCGCUCAGGGGUGGGGGACAGGGGGGAGGAUAUUAUGGUCCCCCCUCAAUUGGUAUUUAGGGCCCCCACACACCGCUCGGGGGGGGAGGACAAUAGGUUCCCCCCCCCAUUAUUUUACUUUAGGGCCCCCACCUGCCGCUCGGGGGGGGGGCGGACAAUAGGUCCCCCCCCUUAUUCGAAUUUAGGGCCCCCACCCACCGUUCAGGGGUGGGGGCUCAGGAGGGGGGAACUUUUUUUUUGUUUUUUUAACAGUGAGCAGCCACAGGCUGCUCACUGUUUAAUAGACAUGCCCCUACUCGCGGUAUAGCAAAUAGGGGCAUAAUUUACUAAUACUAAGUAAUCUUUACUUAGUAUUAGUAAAUUUGGCUGAAAGAUCAAUUCAGGUCUUUCAGCCUUUUAGUAGAUAGCUUUCUAAUACCGUGGGAAUUAGGGAGUUAUCUACUUAUUCAUUUCUGUCAUUGCAUUGACUGGCCAAGUAACUUAAAUUUUAUAUGAAUGUAUGUUACUUGAUUGUUGUAAGUGUUGCAAAUGCUUACAGCUGAUUCCUGGCUAUGUUUGUAUACUUUUUAUUUAAAAUUGUAUACAGUGUAACAUUCUUCUUUUUCCACUGGGUAAGUAUAUUAGUACUUGGGCAAUACAUUUUACUUCCUUUUGCAGCCCUCUAGCCCUUUCCAGAACUUUUUUAGAGCCAUUUUAGUGCCCAAAAGUUCGGGUCCCCAUUGACUUCAAUGGGGUUCGGAUUCAGGGGUCAAGUUCGAGUCCCGAACUCGAACUUUUUGCCGAAGUUCGGCCGAACUCGGCAAACCCGAACAUCCUGGUGUCCGCUGAACUCUAGUUGUUAUGUGAUGUCAAAGUUUACUUGCUGCACAUAACAUAUGGAAUAUUAACUACCAAACUGAGCUCAAUUCUAGAAAAGACACAAAAGAGACACUCUUAGGCCAUUAACCAAUACAGCAUAUUGAAGUGGUUAUGGCGCAGUGAGUCUUUUAGUGCCAUCCUUCAACUGUCUGUCAACCUGUUUUGAAACAGCCUGACAAAAAAUGAUAUUUUUCAAACACUCAAAGCAUUUUCAUGACUACCUUAUUGGUCCAAACAUCUCUGAUCUUUCAUGGUAUUGUGAGGCUGCAAUUGCUGGACUAGCCUACCCCUAGCACUCACAGCCUGUCAUUUUAACCCAAGGUUAGGGUUGUGCAUAGGGUGCCACAAGAGCCUUUUUUUUAAUCAAUCCAUGUAAGUACAGUUUUGCAGAAAGUAUGGGAGCAACCACCAAAGACUACUAAACUGUUUCCACUUCAAUGUUUAGAGUUAAAAAUAUUACAAAAAGCAGUGCAGAACUAAGUGUUCCAGACUACCUGAUUGACAACUCUUGAGGACUGUUUUAUAGCAGCAGGAAAUUAUAAAGUGCUGCUGCGAGAAGUCACUCUCAAAAAUGAGGGGCGAAGGUGCUCCAUGAACUUUCCAGUAAUGCAAAGUGUCUAUGGAACGUUAUUUUUAAAGCAGAUAUUGUUUGUGAACUCUGGUAGUAUACAAUAUGCAUUCACAUUUUUUAGUAUAAAACAUUUGUAAAAAGAAAACUCUGGGUAGUUAUGUAUGGUAUAUUUGUUAGAAUCAAAUGAACAUUUCAAUUAUGUUAAAUUAGAUUUUCAAGAUUGUUAGUUUUGUAUCUAAAUAUAUUGAAUGUCAUGGAAUGUCAUGGAUGCUUUAUCAAUUUUACAGGUAAACAGCAAGACAUCAAAGCAUUUCAUUUUUUUUUUAUUGAGACUUCUCUAAGGACGAAAUGUAGAAGAAAUGAUCGCAGAGUCAAAUCUAGAUGAAAUUUGCCAAAAGUAAGAGAUCAAACGUUUGCAUACUUCAAGCAGGGCCAGAUUUACUCUCCUUGCUGACCUAAGGCCUCUUUCCUCAAAGCACCCUCCAUGUAUAUGGAUACAUGUCCUCUACUCUCCUUCCCACACACAGAGCGCCACGCAGGGAGGAUUCAGCAUUGGGCACUGGGCAGUCGAUCAUCACCACUGCAGCUCCUGAGAUCUCCCUUGUCUUGCUGCACGUGCAAUGCCUCUGGUACAUGGGGUAUUUAUUGUGAAUGGCCAUGGGCCUGCACUGAUUGACAUGGUGCCGGCAAAUCGAUUGGCACCAGACUAAAAGAUAGUUGAAAAGAAAAAAACUAUGCAUGAUGAAAUGUCAUCUGAUCGGGGCAAGUGCUGCCCCUAUCCCGCUUGCCACCUGACCAUAGCCUCAGUGGCCUUAGGGCAAAUCCGGGCUUGAGUUCAGGAUUAAGCAGACUGGAUUUGUUCACAUAGUUACAUAGUUACAUAGCUGAAAAGAGACUUGGGUCCAUCAAGAUCAGCCUUCCUCACAUAUGUUUUUGCUGUUGAUCCGAAAGAAGACAAAAAAUCCAUGUGUCAUUUAAUUAACGAGUAACCAUUUACUCCGACCCGCAUUUGACAAUAUGCUGAUAUUGAAACAGUGGUUUAUAUAAGUGCCAGCUGCACCAUAUGAUCUGCACACAGUUAGUGCAGUUCACCAAUAAUUUUCUCGGAAAUUAGGUCAAAAUACCUGAGCUAGAAAUAUGAUCGAGUUGGAGAGUUGGGCUAGAAUUUUCGAUUCCCUUUAAAGUUCUACACCAAGUUUAGUAAUGAUAUUUACUAUAGGAUUAUUCACGUAACAUAAAAUUGUGAUGAACCGAAAAUCAAAUAGAAAAAUUUCCGUCACAAUAUCCAAGCUGGAGAAAUAGCUGAAAGUAGCAAAAUGUACAAAUUAUGACCUCUAUUUUUCAUUUUGGUUUUCAGUUUGCUCAUUGGUGAAUUAAAGUUGAAUUGUAGACAGCCGAUAAGCGUAAAAUAUUUUUUAUUCUUCAAUGAAAAGUGAAACUGAUUUAAAAAUAGCCAAAGUCAAAACAAUCCUCUAAUUUACAGUUACAGUUUAGUGAAGUUAAGUCUGAGCUGGUUUUAAACCAGCAUAAUAAACUGACUAACAUAGAUUGGUUGAAAUAAAGCACACACGGUGCCCUAAGAGCAAAAUAGAGUGGAUGGGCUGCAGAAUAAAUCAAAUCAAGAGCAAGGAUAGUUCUUUACUAAACCAUCAACUGUUGGGAAUUCAUGAUGUAGUGAAUAAUCCUGUACAUCUCUGAGAGUAGACGGAGAAACCAUUGUCUGUUUUAUUACAAGUGUCAUCCAAGUAUUUUUGGAAUUGAUUUUGGUUGGUAGUGUCUUGGGGCAUGGGGACAAGGGCAGAUCUUAUUUAAAGGGACACUGUAGUCACUAUAAGCAUUUCAUCUCUUUGAAUUGGUUAUAGUGCCUGGAGUGCACUGUCCCUCCAUUCAGUGUUGCACCAUGUUCGUGCAGUAUGCCACAAAAUAAAGUCCCUGGCCACCCACAGUCCGGCCCCUUCAGUAUGUGUAGCUAAAGCAGAGAUUACACACUUCCUUGUUGUCAUACCCAUUCAUACCAUCAGUUGGAGCUCUGACAGGUUAAAAGCAGUCAGCUGACACUCUCAGCCAAUCACAGCUGCCUAUUGCUGCUCAGGCUAAUACUUCCUUAUUAGCUAAAGCAGCACAGAGGGGAUGGAUUGUCGGGGGGUCUUGUUUAGCAUUAAAACAUUAAAAGUUUAAAAACUGUUUAAUGCUGAAAGAGAUGAUGGUACCAGAGGACUCCAGACACUAUAACCAGUUUAAUGAGAUGAAGCAGAUACAGUGCCUACGGUGUCCCUUUAAAUGUCCAUCCACCCUGCCAGGAUAUUGGUGAGUGCGUACACCAAUAGAAAAUUAAAAUAUAAACAAAUGACCCUCUGGUUUACUCCCUAGUGCAGAUUUCAUAAUUUAAUAUAUAGUGUAUGGGUCUUUAAUCACCUGUUAAAUAGAACUCUUGCUUUUGAACCUGGAGUAGAUAAUGGGACAUCUUGAGCUUUCAGGUCAUGGUUCCUUGUGAAAUCUAGGUAGAUAAAGAGUUAGUUUGGUGUAGAGUUGCUAGUUGCAAAGAACAAGGGCUUAAUGUCAAGUGAUCUGCUCCCAGUUGAAAAGAUGUCUUUUAAUUUUGGGUGCGUCACAGCCGUCAUGUCUUUGGUAUCUGUGAUCCAACAAAGGAAAAAUAAAAAUAUAAUAAUACUGCACACUCCAUAAUGUAAAAGCAGCAGAUACAUGUGACAAAAUAUAUUCUCGUUUAUUUAGAUUCACAAUAAUCAUAGUUCAAAAACCCCCGUGUCCUAACAGAGGGUGAAAAAGAGCCUGUAUGCUUGAUAUGUGACCUAGUGUGCAAAAUAAAAGUGCAUAGCCCCAGGCUCUAUACAUAUAUAUAUAUAUAUAUAUAUAUAUAUAUAUGUAUGUGUAUACUUCUCUCAACUGUAUAAAUAAUUUAUACAAUAUCUUUAUUAAACUUGUAAAUGUUUUUACCAAAUGGAAAGAGUCAACACUCACAAAGUUGCUUAAUUGUUACAGCAUCCAAAAAUUUUAUAAAAAAAGAAAAAUAAAUAAAAAUGUUUAACCCACUCUAGAUGCUUAUUGUCUGUGUGCUGGUGCUUACAGGCUUCCCCACAAAAUAUAUUCAGUUAUGCCACAUAGAUCUCGCUCCAACACAAUUUUGUACUUACAGCAAAAUGUUGUUAUACUUACUCAUAUUUAAACAGACAAAUGAUGCAAAAAUAAGAAAGAAAAGUCAAAAUUAAAGUAAUCAAACUAAAAAUGCAGCCCCAAAAUAUAAAGAAAAUAAUAUAUUGCUCAUUUGUAUAUAUAACACAGUAAUAGAUUUAUAUUCCUGUUAAUGAGACUUUCAGGUGAGGAAAUAGCAUUUCAAGCACAACAAAUCUGGUUUCUGCAUACAACAUCUUUUUAUUAUUAUUAUUAUUAGUAUUAUUAUUAUUGUUAUGUGCAUACAACCUAUAAACAACCUCAGAAAAAAGAAGAAAAUACAAAACACUACAUAGUAGUUACGAUUACCAAAAGAUCAACAAAAACAGAUUGGAUUAGAAGGACUAAGAAAAGCAACUGACUAUCACAUAUACACAGCCACAUACAGAAACCACACUCACAAACAGAGAUGCAUUCAAAGAGACACAAAGGCACACACAUAUAGAAAGAUGCACACACACAGAUGCACACUAACAAGCACGCAAGCACUAAACAAAGACAUUGUGAGGCCCGCAUAUAGACACUCACAGACACCCACAUACAUAAAGUCACAUUCUUAUUGUAAAGCGCUGCAGAAUAAGCUGGCGCUAUAUAAAUAAUAACCAAUAAUAAUACACACUUACAGAUAUACAAUCACAUUUCUUGUCUUAAAUCAUUCAUCCAGACACAAUACAUGUGGGAAUUAGUUGAGUUUCCUAUUACUGCACCAUGGGAAAGGAGAUACAUGUUAUCUACCCAUCCACCCACCCCUCUUCCCCUUAAUGCUCCCUAGCUAUGAAUGUGCAUAUAGCUGUUGCUGGAUACCGUUGAACCUGCUUUCCUGCUCAUAAUCGGCUACCUUUAAAUAUAGAAAACUGUAUUCCAGCGACAUUCCUGUAGGCAGCCGCUGUCUUCCUACCCAGGCUGAUGACGUGACAUUAGGAGAGAUUUAUCAAAGUGUGCUGUUCUAAAAAGUGGUCUUAGGUAGUGAAGGUUAGGCAGCCUCCAUGGAAAUCAUUCGGAACUCCUCCACUUUUACAAUGUUGCACCACUUUUUAGAACAGGGUUGUGCAGAGCAUAGCUCAUUGGCUGAGAGUGAUCAGCUGACUCUCUCAGGUAACGAGAGGGCUCUGUACCACAGGGUUUUACUCUGGCAGAGGGCUCCUGGCUCUCAUAGAGGAAGAUGAGAGACAGGGAGUUGCGCCGGGCAGACGUCAAGUAAGAAGUCGUGCCAGCACAUGGGUACUCCUUGCUCUAUUAGCACUGCAGUACACUGUAGUGGUUAUGGUGCUUGGAAUGUUUCUUCUAACGCUUCAUUUAAUUAUUCACAUAAUUUUAGAAUAUUUUGGGUGCAAUCAAAAAUAAUUAAAUGGAACCAGGCAUACAGGUAACCUGUAUGCUGCCUGUAAAAUUAGAGCAUGAAAUACAAAACUUCAAAAGUAAGGGUAGACAAAAUCUCCACUCACCCAAUGAUAGAAGAGAAGCCAGGCAAGGAGACUCCAAUAGAAAAAUAGAAAAUAAAAUGAAGAAAGAACACCACAGCAAGCGUUCACACUGCUUAAGCUUUAUUUUAGAGAUUAUCCAAGCAUUUUUCACAAUGUGUAUUCUCCUGUUUUUCUCAAUGCAGGGAAAAUUCCCAUACAAAUGGGAUUCCUGAAUCAACCAAACAGAAUGGAGGGAUCUUCAUGACACCAGUGAGUCAUUUCCUUUGAAGUUUUACAUUUAAUAAUGUAGUUAUUGAAAACGAAUAGACUGGAGUUGACAAGUGUACAGUAAAAACAGGUUUGACUUUAAUAUAAAGUUAUGUUGUUUCAAGUUACCCCUGCUUUUCCUGCAGAAAGCAAAAAGGAUUCGAAAGCCUUCUGAGACACACUCUAGGAGAAGUUCGGCAAGGAGAAGCCGAGACAGCCGGAUAACAAAUGGGGAUGUAACUGAGGCUGUGACACUCUUUGAAGUGGUUAGCAUUGGAAAGAGGGCUAUCCAGGUACAUUGCACCCCAUUAUUAUAAUGGGUUCAUAUUAUACAGAGAGUGUACACCAGGGGUCUAAAAAAAGCACUGUUCGUGAGGCGAUUUCUGAAUUUAUUGGACACUUGGCCUUUUUUCUCAGGAUUAAAGAUGUAUUUCUGAGUCCAGGCAGCUGGUGGCCUGGUCUGAAUCAAGUCCGCAUUUGAGCCAUCAUUUGCUGAGAUUAAGGAGGCUGGUCUUCUGCAGAGCAGUGCUUGGCUCCGUAGUGUCUCCUAUUAGCAUCCAUCAUUAAGUUCUGGCACUCAACACUCCUUUGUCAGAACUUCAGUGAUGAGAUUGGCUGGGGCACACAGUGUAGCGAAGGAGCCUUCAUCAGCUCGGCUCACGCUGUGGGCAGUAGCAUACUCUACUUGUGUGCAUUUCUAUGGGGUCGUGUGGGUGUGUGUAUGUAUUGGAGUUUGUAACUGUGUCUGUGUUUAAAGGAACACUCUAGGCACCCAGACCACUUCAGCUUAAUGAAGUGGUCUGGGUGCCAGGUGCAUCUAGGGUUAACCCAUUCUUUUAUAAACAUAGCAGUUUCAGAGAAACUGCUAUGUUUAUGAAUGGGUUAAGCCUUCCCCCAAAGCCUCUAGUGGCUGUCUCAUUGACAGCCGCUAGAGGCGCUUGCGUGCUUCUCACUGUGAUUUUCACAGUGAGAGCACGCCAGCGUCCAUAGGAAAGCAUUGAUAAUGCUUUCCUAUGCGACCGGCUGAAUGCGCGCGUAGCUCUUGCCGUGUGUGCGCAUUCAGCCGACGGGGCGGAUCGGAGGCGGAGAGGAGGAGGAGGAGAGCUCCCCGCCCAGCGCUGGAAAAAGGUAAGUUUUUACCCCUUUCCCCCUUCCAGGGUGGGGGCACCCUCAGGGCACUAUAGUGCCAGGAAAACGAGUAUGUUUUCCUGGCACUAUAGUGGUCCUUUAAGAGAGUACUGAUUUGUAUGUUUUUGCACAUUCAGCAAUACGGAUUAGUGGUCCCCAAGGUAGAAGGCAAUUUGGCCUGUGGCCCCCUUUCUAAUUUGACUUUGAAACACCUAGUGUACACAGAGAGCAGUAGACUAUAUUAGCAUAAGAUAUUAUUCAAGGAAUGGCAUGGCUUAAUGUGAUUUUAUUGAAGGUAAAAUAGGGAGAAUGGUGGCAUUUUUAAAUCCACAAAUAAUGUAUCAAUAAAGAAAAUGUUUCCGGUGCAGCCCUUAUCAAUUUAUAUUGUUGUUUGUUUUUCAAUUAACCACAACUCAUUGUACACCCAAUAAAUCCUACGCUUUUCUCUGAAAUAUUUUGUUUCCAUUAAAAACUUGUAUUUUGCAUGUCUGCGUGUACCACUGUAGUAUACUAAUUUAAGAAUAUAGAAUGAUGCAUUGUAUUGCCAAUGUUUCUAUUUUAAUGAGAUUAUGUUUGUGUGUCUGCAGUCGGUGGUAGAUGAUUGGAUUGAAGCCUAUCAGGAAGACAGAGAUGUGGCACUCCUUGACCUUAUUAACUUCUACAUUCAGUGCUCUGGAUGCCAAGGUAGGCUUUUUUGCAUUAUGAAUUUUAUGGCAAAUCCUUCAGAAUCAUAAUUAUAGGGACACUUCUGAUUCUAGGACAAGAUUGAUGCACAUUACAUCUCAUGAUAAAAUAAUUUAACUCUCUUUUAAAAGUUCUAAUUUCCAUGAAAAAAAACAAAAAACAAAACAAUGCACAAACAAUAUAAAAAAAAAAAAAACUACAUCAAACUCUGUGGUACAUAGCUGUCCUUUUCCCACAAUCCUUUGCUAGGAAUGGCAAGUAGAAUACUACAAUCCACCCCGAGUAAUUCACUCACAAUAAAUACUUGUGCAAGUAAAUAAAAGUCAUUUUAAUGAGUAACUGUUUUAAAAGUGUUUUAAGUAUGUUAAGAAAACACAAAACUGUUUUUUUUUCUAAUGUGGUUGUUGUAAUAGGUCAGUUUUGAGUUUGACAAUAAGGAAGGGAGACAGGAGAAGGGACAGGAUAAAUGAUAGUGUCCUGCAGAGUGGUAGUUGCUUUGUUAUAGAGGGGUGACCUUAGGAUAGGUUGGGCUCAGGGAGAUCACAAAAGAGGAAAGAUAAUUAAAACUUCACUUUUAAUGUAAAUAGUUAAAAGGGAGGUAUACGAACAAAUUUUAGUUCAAAUAACUGUUGUAAGAAUUCCUCAAGUGAUUCAGUUACACUGCCUGUUAACAGAGUGAAAUGCCACUGUAGGAACAACAGCUACAAAUUAGCAGUGUCAAUAAUGUAUCGAUAUACCAGUAUCCGGGCUUAAGGAAAAAUAGCCAAGUCCCAGUGAGCUGCACUGAAGCUGUUAACAAAGCUGAUAACAAUGUUUACCGAAACUGCAGUGUCUGGACUCCAAAACAAGCUUGAGAGUGCCAGUAUACUGCAGAAAAGAGCAUCUCAGAAAUGAUGAUAGGGGCCUGUGUUAAAGACCGUGAGAAAUAGCAUCUAGAGGUAUGUGCUGGCGGGAGUAUCUGCAGUAUGGUAACUAGGAGGUACAAACUGCAAAAUGUUGCCUGGUAGAUUCUGCAGGAACUGGCUUAAUGACCAACAGGCUAUGGGAAAAGAGGGGUUAAGUACAAAAACUGGAAAUCCUAGUGUUAUGGUACGUGCAGGCUGGAGUACCUGCAGUAUAGAAACUAGGAGGUGCAAACUGCAAGAUGUUGCCUGGUAGAUUCUGCAGGAACUGGCUUAAUAACCAACAAGUUAUGGGUAGAGAGGGGUUAACUACCAAAACACUGGAAAUCCUAGUGUUCUAGUAUGUGCAGGCUGGAGUACCUGCAGUAUAGUAACUAGGAAGUGCAAACUGCAAAGAUGUUGCCUGGUAGAUUCUGCAGGAACUGGCUAAAUAACCAACAAGCUAUGGGUAGAGAGGGGUUUAACUACAAAAACACUAAGAAUCCUCAUAUUCUUGUGGUCCCUAAGUACUUGUGCCUUUGAGGGCACCCCGUUAGCCAAAAGCCUACAAUCUCCUAUGGAAAUACAAAUAGAAAAUUUCCCACCAAUACUGCUACAAUGAAAGAAGUGUGCUGGAAAUGCCUAGACUUUGUAGGCUGCUUCAAGUGCUGCUGGGUAACGGCCGAGCCGAUGCCGAUAGAAAGCUCUAAUUGGUAUGGUAAGUAAAGAGGUCACUCUUAGUGCAGUGACAUGUCACUCUUAGUAAAGUGACUGGUGGAUAGCGCCAGUGAUGUUUCCCCUGACGCGCGUUUCACCUUACAGGUUCAUCAGAUUGAGUUUGAACUCAAUAACACUGAUAAUCUGGAGAAUCUCUAAUCGCUACAAGAUGCUGCAUUGUGUGAUCUCAUUUUGUUCUGGACAGGUGUGGUUACAGCAGAACUCUUUCAGAAUCCAGACAACCGGGAAAUAAUCAAGAAACUGACUGAGGAGUUUGAUGAAGUAAGUAUACCCCAUCGACAUCUCAAACUGUGAAAACCUGUGAAUAUAUAGGGAAAAAAUGUGUACAAAAUUGUAUUGUCAGUUUGUACAUUUUUUAAUUAUUUGGUUCGAAAAUGUACUUUUAUUUUUAAACGAUAGCACUGAGUGGAAUGUCUUAUGUGAGUUUUUUCUCCUUCUUUGUUAUUAUUUGUCUGUGUUGCAGACUAAUUCAUUAUAGAAAUAGCUAAGCUGUUGAUGGUGUAAACAAAUGUAAUAAAAUGUAAGAUUGCAGGCUUGUUAUUUAAUUGAACGGUAAGGGAAUCACUUGUAUUAGUCCACUAUCGUCCAACUCUGCCCCUCUUCGUGACUGUGAUUUCAGCUUCCACCCAAGUCUUGCUGUCAAUAAGACCAGAAUAAUAGGUCAAACUUGGCUUAAAACUGACAUGUCAGACAUAUUCUGAUAUAAAGAUAUUUACCUACACCCUGCUCUUUUUGAGUUACAUGGUGCGCAGCCGUGGUCCAAACCACAAUGUUAUUUUGGAUAGUUUGUUUAGCUAUAACUGCGGAAAAAAGUGAAUUUUCCUGGCCUUGGCAGCAGAGCGUUAGAGCAGUGCGGCCAUGGCCCAUUCUCAGGAAAGGAAAAUAUUGGUAAGUGUGAAUUGAUAUUUCAGUUUAUGUUGACUUGCACUUUCCAUGUAUGAAACAACGUUAUAUGUAAAAUGCAAUCUGAGGGCUCUAAUCUUGGACAGAAUUUGGACUGGGACAUGCAUGCUACCCUUGCAGUAAAAUCUUACCUUUAACCCCCUUACAUUACCCUAACACACUAUACUUCACUUUACUACACAAAUUAUCCCCAGCACUACACUAACCAUUAACCCCUACAAUACCUUAACACUUACAUAAUUAGUAUAACAAUGGUUAUUUGCUUAAAUUGUGUUUAUUUGCUAUAAUUGAUCAAACAGGAAUCAUUAGUAUAAAUUAGAUGAUGUUGCUUGCAAACAUCAUCCACCCAGGCAAGGUAAUUAUGGUGUUAGUUCUGCUUAUGUUCAAACACUUUGCAACGUUUUAGGUAUCGGUUGAUUGUUCGAAAAGUGUUUUCUGUGGUUUAUAAAAUCCUUGUCAAUAAAUCAAUCAACAUGUCAAUAAAUCUUCUUCGGAAUGAUUGUGACCACAUUUGCUUCACUGCUUUUUCAUCGAUCUGAUAACGAUAAAGGUGUUGUAGAAAAGUAUGAGAAUUGCGUGACUGUGUUUGAUUACAUCAACUUUAUGGGCUGAUCUGCAGCUUUUAAUGUAUCAAUAAUUAUCUAAUGAUAAAUUGGAAUCAAACUCUUUCUCAUCGCACUGUCUGUUCUAUUAACAUUGGUCCCCUACAGCUAAAAUCUAUUUUAUACAAGUAAAUAAACAUGUUUAACGAUAGAUUAACUUUACUCUGCUUCUUCUGGACUGUAAGAUCUUUCAAAUCUACUGAUACUAUGUAUUAUUGUUCUGUAUAUGUAUCCAAGUUUGUUAUGUAUAAUCUACCCGUUGCACAGGGUUGUGGUGUAUGGUGACAUGUUGGAAAUAAAAUAAUGUAAAAAAUUAUGUUUGAUAUCAGUACUAAGACAAUAUUAUUUCUGAUUUUUCUCUGCAGGAAACGGGUUUACAGUUCAAAAAGUUCAUGGCUUAUCCUUGGAUUCUUACAGUAACCUGGCCGGCCAAUAUGGUAAUUCUGAUAAUUGUAUCGGUUUGUUCUGUGUCAUAAGUAGAAUAUUUAACUUUUGUAUUGGAAAUUGUGAUAUCUUACCAUAUAUUGUGUAGGUGUUUUAGUUGCUGUAUUCUGCAUAAAAUUGGAAUAAAACCGAAUUGGAGAGGGAUGUUGACCUACACUUAAUUUCCUAAGUAUAUGCUUACAUGCAGAGGCAGGCUGAACUACUGAACUCCUGACUUUAUAUGUGGACAGACUGCAAUGCUCGUAACAUCCAGGAUAUUGUGAAUGCCUGCUGCUCUAUACUUACUUAGUGACUACAUUUCUAUUUUUACUCAUCCUUUUUUACUGUUAUCCUCCUCCUUUUCAUCCAUUUUUGUUUUUCUCCUUCUCACCUAUAUAUAUAGUUAUGUAUAUAAUAUAUGGGUGAUAAGGCAGUGAUGUCAUCAAAGUGCAUCAGACGCCAUUUUACUUGUUUCCAGUAUUGGUGAGUAUAAUGCUGGGAGACUUUGAGUGUCACUAGUGACAUGCCACAUGAUUUCUAUUACUUUUUAUAUGCUGCUUGACACAAUAAUACAGAUGACAAAAAAUUCAAAUACAAUUUUUUUUUCUUUUACUUUCUAAAUUUUGAGUUCUGCAGCAACAUUUAUUUUUUUCCCGUCAGAGUAACAUUGAGGUGUUGGUGUUUGUUAUCAUUACAGGACACAGAAGAUUAUCCGCUGAUUAAGCCUGGAACAUACUGGAAAAAAUUUAAAGCCAAUUUCUGUGAAUUCACCUCUCUCUUAGUUCAACAAUGCCAAUACAGUGUGAUCUAUGAUGGUUAUCUCCUGGACACCAUUAUCUCACUCCUAUUGGGUUUGGCAGAUUCGUGUGUCCGGGCAUUCAGACAUACCAGCACACUGUCAGGUUAGUCUGUAAUAGAGAGGUAGGAGAAGUAGAUGGGAUUUCAGAAAGUAACAGGUGAUUUAAGAAUAGACCAGUUCUGUUAGGCAAUUGUGAUGACUAAUGUAUUGAACUAUCUAGAACUAAUAUUCCAACUAUUGGCUGCUGAAAUGUAAACUUGCUAAAGGAUAGAGUCUGAAAAGAGAUGAACUCCCACACCUGUCUUCUUUGAAGUUAAUGUAUGUCUUCUACAACAUUUUAAUUGAAAAUAUGUAAUUUCUUUCCUACACCCUGCCACAAAUUUAGUUUAAUUGCAUUUUUUUGUUAUCUGCUAAAGCCAUGAAGUUGUUGACAGCUCUUAUAAGGGUUGUCCUGAAUCUCGAUAUCAGCAUAGACAACGCACAAAGGCUGUUUAAGGUGGAGAAGAAACGGGCUGCUUUCAAGAGGACCAACUCCAGGCUCGAGCAACUGGAUAAAAAAAGGAAAGAGGUUGGAUAUUCUGCUAUACUGCUACUUGUGUAUCUUUUUUUUUAUUUGAAUAGAAGCAAAAACUUUAAUUGUUUAUUAUGCUUAAAGAGACAGUAAACUGCAUGGACAAACACAAAUGUAUUGUCAUCAUAUGUCCAUUCUGUAAAGCUCAUAAUUAAAGCUAUGGGUUAUAAUUCUAAGUGUUCACAGAUUAUAAUUGCAAAUAGUGGGAAAAAAAGUGAUAUUUUAUAUAAAAAAAAAUGUUUAGCAAUUUUUUAUUUACAGCUUCAACAAAAGCACCAGGAGAUGGAAAAUUUAAUGGAAGUUUUAUUUAAAGGGACCUUUGUGCACCGUUACAGGUGAGGGAUAAAUAAAUAUAUACCUUUCUAAUUUUUUCCCAUCUGUCUUAAUUUAUGCCACAAAUUAUGCAUAUUGAUAUUGCUGCAAAUAUUUAAGGGACCAGAUUACACUGUUACAUGCAACACACGACCUGGCCCAUAAAGACACAUGCCCAGCAGAUGGCCUUAAGUGCACAGGCCUCUCUUAAUGCGGGCCCUGGUGCAACUGAACCGGUGGUAGUUUAGUUGCUGGCACCGGGGCACACCAAAGUUUAGGCACCCACACUUGGCCUCCCAUUAGGGGAAGGAAGCAAUGAGUGGCCCAGCAGAGGCAAGCUGAGGUGAGGGCACACCCAGCUGCUUUAUCAGUAUAAGGCAAGGUUCCAUGAGCGUCAGAAAGCAGAGGAUUCUGAGCCAGGUGCUGCCUCCAGCUAGCCCUUCUCACCACUAGCACAUAGGCUGCCUUCUUCGUGGAUGAAGGAGGAAGGGACCGCUUCAGACUGCUCUGGGUUGCAGCUCAGGAAGGAGCCGUUCACUGUGGUGAGUGAGUCAGCCUAUCUUUCAGAGAAGAAAGGGAAUAAGACAUGGGGCCUCGUGCCUGGCUGUAAAGGAGGUAAAAGCUGUUAACUUGGUAUUUUAAUUGGUCAAAUUAAUUUAUUGAUAUUUAAAGUUUCAAAUAUGUGGUGUGUCUGUGAGCUGCAUGAAAUGUUUGUCUGUUAACUGUCUGGAUGUUGUAUGAUGUGUGUGUCUGGGAGCUGUAUGGAGUGUGUAUUUCUGAACUGUAUGGAGAGUGUAUCUCUGAACUGUAUAGAGUGUGUGUAUGCAAGCUGCAUAGAUAUUGUGUCUGUGGGCUGUAAACUACAUUUAGCAUGUCUGUGAUUCUUGGAGUUUUAGAGGCUAAUUGUCUGGAGCAAUAGGGGGCUUAAAAAGAUUAAUCAGGCACAAUGACCCUCUGUUUAUUAGUUCUGCUAUUGCUGUCAGGUACUGCGUUUGCUGCAAAUCAGCUGAAUAAGAUCCAAAUGCCCAUAUUGUUACAGAGUCUGACAUAUCAUUGAUUGCCUCCUCCCCCCUUCUUGACAUUACUUUGUUCUGCUAAUGUAUCCUUCAGUUAUCUUCAAUUUUUGAUACCCUUUUACUUAAAGGGUCACUCAAGACCCCUAAAGCAUUCUAGCUUGCUGAAAAGCUUUAUGUGUGAAGAGUGUGUUCUCUGUUUCCAUUUUGUAAAAAGUGCAGAUUUUAAUAGAAGCUGCCACUUCUAUUAAUUCACCUGGUUAUACCCAUCUGGCUUUCAAGCAAACAUGUCCUUUUACUUCCUGGUUUGGUUAGCUCAGUGGAGCUAAACUCAAGAGGCACAUGCAUUGCAAAGACUUCUCAUUGAGCUGCUUUGGAAGUCUGGGAUUGGACAGCAACAGGACAUCUGGGGUUAGAAGGGGAGAGCUUGUUAAAGGAUCACUAUAGUGCCAGGUCCUUGGGUCCCCCUCACCCUAAUGGUCCCCCUCCCGCCAGGCUCUAGGGUGAGGAAGGGGUUAAUCCCUUACCUUUUUCCAACCCGGCGCUGGGGACUCUCCUCCUUUCCCUGUCAUCUGCUGAAUGCGCAUGCACGGCACGAGACGCGGCGCAUUCAGCCAGUCCACAGGAAAGCAUUCUCAAUGCUUUCCUAUGGACGCUGGUGUUUUCACAGUGAGAAGCGCGGAAGCGCCUCUAGUGACUGUCAAUGAGACAGCCACUAGAGGCUGGAUUAACCCAUAUGUAAACAUAUGAAACUGCUAUGUUUACAGCAGAAAGGGUUAAUCCUAGGUGGACCUGGCACCCAGACCACUUCAUUAAGCUGAAGUGGUGUGGGUGCCUAUAGUGGUCCUUUAAGACAGCAGACAAGAGAGAAGCAGUUUUUGCAAGCUGAUUUUAAAUAUACCCCAAUGAAAAAUGCAUGCUUAGAUGCAUACAUGUCUUCAUUGUUGGAAAUAUACUAAACAGUGAUUUUGAUUAAUUAUAUAUUUGAGGAGUGGAGCUAAAUUUCCGAUAUAGGGUGGUCAAUGAUUAUAGCUAUUAUUGAGAGAAUGAUGAGGGAUUUAUAAAAUUCCAAAUGUAUUUUGAUAUGUUUCAUUUGCAAAUAAUUAAAAGGAAUUUGCAUUUGAUGAUCACCUAUUGGAGUCUGUUUACCAAAGCGCAAGUUGUGGUGACUUAAUAGCCUCUUAAACAGAAGAUUAUUCAACAUGUCUAUUCAUCAACAUUGUUUCAAAUGAUCAGAAGUAGCUGCUUAAUGAAUAUACUUUUGCUAAUGUAACUGAUAUUUAUUUACAUGUUUAGUUUUUUAGUAUUAUGUAUCAUUUUAUAGUGCUGUGUAGCAAGUAUCAAUAUUCAGGGGAUCUGUCAAAACACAUCAACAAGCAAUUCCGUAGCAUUCACAAAAGAACACUAUGAGCAAGCAGAUCUUUCUUCCUGAGACAUAGUUUGUCAUUGAAUUACACAGUUGUAGAGAUAUAUAUAUAUUUCGAUAUAUUUUUGUAGGGAUGUCGUUUCUGAAAUCAGAGCAUUGUGUAUUGACGAACUGGGAAUAUGGAUGAGGAUGUACCCAAAAACAUAUUUGAAUGAUAGCUGCUUAAAGUACAUUGGAUGGAUGCUAUACGACAAGGUGGGUUUAUACAAUACAAUUAUUUAAAAAAGUUAUGGGUGAAACUGGCAUGGGUUCUGAAUGGAGCAGAUAGUAAGGAUUACUUCUGCAGAAUGGCUGUAGGGUUGCUGUACAUGUAGCAGUAGGAGAAAAUAGUAUGUGUUUUGGAAAAGAAAGGUCUACAGUUUGGGAUAAAUUAAAACACAGGUGAAACACUGAAACACAUGGACUGGUGAGACAUUGGAUUUUAAACUGUGGUAAGACACUGAAACUAAAGAAUUGGUGAAGACACUUUAACCACUAGGAGACUGGCGAGACACAGGAACUAGGAGACUGGCAAGACACAGGAACUAGGAGACUGGCAAGACACAGGAACUAGGAGACUGGCGAGACACAGGAACUAGGAGACUGGCGAGACACAGGAACUAGGAGACUGGCGAGACACAGGAACUAGGAGACUGGCGAGACACAGGAAUUAGGAGACUGGCGAGACACAGGAACUAGGAGACUGGCGAGACACAGAAAUUAGGAGACUGGCGAGACACUGGAACUAGGAGACUGGCAAAACUGGAACUAGGAGACUGACGAGACAUAGGAACGAGGAGACUGGCGAGACAUAGGAAUGAGAAGACUGGCGAAACUGGAACUAGGAGACUAGCGAGACACAGGAACAAGGAGAAUGGCGAAAUACUGGAACUAGGAUAUUGGCGAGACACAGGAACUAGGAGACUGGCGAGACACAGGAACUAGGAGACUGGCGAGAUACUGGAACUAGGAGAUUGGUGAGACACUGGAACUAGGAGACUGGCGAGACAUAGGAACGAGAAGACUGGUGAAACUGGAACUAGAAGACUGGCGAGACAUAGGAACGAGGAGACUGGCGAGACACUGGAACUAGGAGACUAGCGAGACACUGGAACAAGGAGACUGGCGAGACACUGGAACGAGGAGACAGGCGAGACACUGGAACUAGGAGACUGGCGAGACACUGGAACAAGGAGACUGGCGAGACACAGGAACUAGGAGACUAGCGAGACACUGGAACGAGGAGACUGGCAAGACAGUGGAAGGGUUAAGGUUUUUGUGAUUACUCCCAUUGUUGUAAGAUGGGACGUUAUUAAUGUGCUACAUUUCUCUUAAAACUGACCAUGUCUAUGUGAAAAUAGCCAUCAUGAACUUCGAAAAGAGAUGCUAAGGAAAGCGGCUAGCAGGGCUGUUUGUCUUUUUAAAGGAUGGUUGAUCUUCAAGACUGAAAUAUCUAGAAUGUAUGCAUUGUGACCCCAGCAACCCAUGCAGCACCUAUUGCAUAGUUCUCCAUCACAUACAUGGAAUGUUUUACAAUGACAAAGUAAAGCAAAACUGAAUACUGCUUUUUACAGGUCCCAGAAGUACGUCUGAAAUGUCUUGUGGCUCUGCAGGGACUGUAUGAUAAUAAGGAUCAUGUUUCCAAGAUGGAUCUUUUUACUAUCAGGUUUAAGGUAAAUCCUCCACAAUACACUAUUUCAUUAAAAACAUGGAGACAAAUAAAAGCAUUGAGAGAGGUUCAUCAAGGCAAACCUAUGUAAUUUUCUGAAGUAGAGAGGUAAAUGAAAGCCAACAGAAUGAAUCUCAACUUACCCAAAAUAGCACUUUUUUUGCUUUGAUAAAUCUCCCCCAUCAUGAGAUGUAUUUUGCUUAAUAGUUAUCCAACUUGCUUAUGACAAAGGUGUGUGAACCAGGUAUACACCAUGAUAAAUGUUCUUGAGAAGUUAGUUUGCAUGUUCAUCUUUCCAAAUAAAACAUAGUUACAUAGUUACAUAGUUACAUAGCUGAAAAGAGACUUGCGUCCAUCAAGUUCAGCCUUCCUCAGAAAUGUUGUUGCUGUUGAUCCAAAAGAAGGCAAAAAACCUGGUCUGAAGCACUUCCAAUUUUGCCACAAACUAGGAAAAAAUUCCUUCUUGACCCCAAAAUAGCAGUCAGAUGUCUCCUUGGAUCAAUCAGCUAUUACCCCACUAAUUAGAAAUUAUAUCCCUGUAUGUUAUGUUUUUGUAAGUAUUUAUCCAAUUUCAGUUUAAACAUCUGUAUGGACUCUGACAAAACCACCUCUUCAGGCAGAGAAUUCCAUAUCCUUAUUGUUCUUACUGUAAAAAAACCUUUUCUUUGCCUUAGAUGAAAUCUCCUUUCUUCCAGCCUAAAUGUGUGACCUCGUGUCCUAUGUAUAACCCUGUUUAUGAAUAGAUUUCCAGAUAAAGGUUUGUACUGGCCCCGAAUAUAUUUGUAUAAAGUUAUCAUAUCCCCUCUCAGGCGCCGUUUUUCCAAACGAAACAGAUUUAAUUUUUGUAACCUUUCUUCAUAACUAAAAUGCUCCAUUCCUUUUAUCAAUUUUGUAGCUCGUCUCUGGACCCUCUCCAGUGCCAUGAUAUCCUUCUUUAGAACAGGCGCCCAAAAUUGCACAGCAUAUUCAAGGUGUGGUCUUACCAGCGAUUUAUAAAGAGGCAAAAUUAUAUUUUCAUCCCGAGAAUUUAUGCCCCUAUUUAUACAUGACAAAAUCUUACUGGCCUUAGCAACUGCAGAUUGACAUUGCAUAUUGCUGCCUAAUUUGUUGUCUAUAACAAUGCCCAAAUCCUUCUCGUGUGUGGUUAUCCCUAAUUCACUACCAUUUAGUGUGUAAGUUGCUUGUGCAUUCUUAACCCCGAAGUGCAUAACCUUGCAUUUUUCUAUGUUAAAUUUCAUCUGCCAUUUUAGUGCCCAAUCCCCCAAUCUAUCCAAAUCUCUCUGCAACAAAGCAAUAUCCUGCUCACAUUUUAUUACUUUACAAAGUUUUGUGUCAUCUGCAAACACUGAUACAUGGCUUUCAAUGCCUAUUUCAAGAUCAUUUAUAAAUAUGUUAAAUAGAAGUGGUCCCAAAACAGAACCCUGAGGGACACCACUUACCACUUUUGUCCAGCCUGAAAAUUUACCAUUAAUGACAACUCGUUGUACUCUGUCCUUAAGCCAAUGUUCUACCCAAGAACAGGAAUAUUCAUCUAGACCAAUUUCUUUUAGUUUGAAGACUAACCUAUUGUGAGGAACCGUAUCAAAUGCCUUGGCAAAGUCCAAGUAGAUCACAUCCACUGCAACACCCUGAUCUAUACUUCUACUUACUUCUUCGUAGAAUGCAAUUAGGUUAGUUUGACAUGACCUAUGUUUCAUAAAACCAUGCUGAUUAUUGCUAAUAACAAAGUUCUUCCCAAUGAAUUCCUGAAUAUUAUCCCUUAAUAGCCCUUCAAAUAUUUUCCCAGUUACUGAAGUUAAGCUCACAGGUCUAUAAUUUCCAGGCAAGGAUUUUGAACCCUUUUUAAAUAUAGGAACAACAUCUGCCUUCCUCCAAUCCUCCGGUACAACACCUGAAACAAAAGAAUCUUGAAAAAUUAAAUACAGAGGUUCACUUAUUUCCCCACUUAGCUCCUUAAGUACUCGUGGGUGAAUACAGUCAGGCCCCGGAGCUUUAUUUACAUUCAUUUUCUUUAAUAGCUGUAGCACCUUGUCUCGAGUUAUCCAGUCACAAGUUAUUUGCAAGUUUUUUGCAGCAAACAUUUGCAUAUCUCUUGCCAUAGGAUCCUCAUUAAUAUAUACUGAAGAAACCUCUUCAGAUUUUAUAUACUGUGGAUAUAAUCCAAAAGUGUUUCCCAGGAUUUAAGAAACCCCUGUUUCAAUCAACAUUAGAACAUGAAAAAUUAAAAAAUAGCUGUAUUCUAGUGGCACUUCAUUUCAUUUUAAUCAGUUUUGGAACUGGUGAUAAUUUAUGCAGUAUUAACCUGAUUUUUAUUUUUAUUUAUUACUGGUAUUUAAAAAGCACCAACUUAUUCUGCAGAGCUGUAAUUGCAGGACUACCCUGGAGAAUAGGAUAUUCAUGGAUUCUGAUUUUCAUAGUGAAUUGUAAAACCCUCUGUAUGGUUCUUUUUUAAGUGCUGUUUGGCUAAGAUGAUUGGAAACUGAUGUCACAAGAUCAGGUGUACACAUUUUAUUUUUUAUAGUCAGACACCCAUUGGUACCUAGAGAUUUCUGAUUUGUUAUGUAUUUUCAUGUCUGUUAGGAUCGUAUUGUAUCCAUGACGUUAGACAGAGACCAUGAUGUAUGUGUGCAGGCUAUGAAGCUCCUUGUUUACAUAUCACAGUAUGUAUUUUUUCUUUUUUUCUAUAUACUUAAAAUGUAACAAAACAUAUGGUCCUUAUACUCAUUAUUCUCAAUUAUUUAAAUUGCUUUCAAAGUUUCUUUAUUCUGCACAAUUUUAAAGAUGCUUGUUACAGAUUCUUAAAUUGGUAACAAUACAACAUCCAGACAAUGAUACCUACAUGCAAAAUCUCACUUUGGUUAAUACUGUACAUUAAAAUUGCAGCAUUUGUAUACAUAGUUAGUUAGAUGGUCUCUUGAGUUGGACUUCCACAUUCUGCAUUAGCAUGUUAGUCUAGUACCAUGUCACUAAUAAGUUAAUGCAAUGUCCUAGGUAAAAUCAAUGUUCUUAGUAAGUAAAUGAAGAUGCAUCUUGUAGUAAAGCCAAGAUAUGGUGUCUGUAAACUGGCUAAUACUAAACACACAUGAGAUUAUGGAUUUACAAAAGUUGUUCUGCUAUAAUUCUCGCUAAAUUGAUAACAUAACAUUUGAGGUGAAUUGCAAGUAUAAGUAUAAAGUAGCUAAACGGGAAGCAUUGCUGAUUUAGAUAAAUUUUCCAGUUCCGCUAUUUUGGCCUUAAAUGUGAAAUCUACUUUGAAGACACUUCAAAUUCUUACAUUAGUGAAUAACCCUAUUAGUUAUUUCCUUUUGUGUCAUGUAUUGCAGAGCGCCUUCAGUUCCAUAGAGAAGUUAUCUACCAUUAGUACAAGAUAAUUGUUAAAGGGUCUGAGCUGACAAACGAUCUACAUUUUUUAUUCUAGAAUAUCAGCAUAUGAUGUAUGGUAUAUACUACCUUUCAUUACUGGAAGAAUAUUAUCCCAGAGUAAAUGUUUGCCUUUACUUUUCAUAUACAAACAAUGAUUAUUAAAUCUGUUUUCAAAGUAAACAUCCUUAUACAAGUCUUAUACGUAACAAAAAUAAUUUAAUUAAGGUUAUUUGUUUUGUACAAAAAGCAUUGAAAAUAGGUUAAACUUGUAUCAAUUAAAUAUGUUUGUAAAUUGAGAUUUUGCCACUAGAGGGCGAUAUAUCCCACACACAGUCAUUUUGUACCAUAGAGUCUGUUGGAUUUUUGUGUGUGUGUGUAUUCUUUUGUCAACUGGGAUAGAUCUAAUAGGGAUAGACUGGGAUAGACUAAUAGAUCCAUCAUUUGAGGAGGGUCUGUCUGCUUUUACUAUUCACACCAGUAGAUGUUCUUAAAUCAUUUUGGUAAAUUCCUUUAGUAAGGCAAUUUGUAAUAUUCCCAUAAACUUCAGUUUUAACCCAUUCAUGCCAAUUAGUGAUGUCGUGAACCGUUUGCGAACUUGCCGCGAACGGUUUGCGAACUUGCCGCGAACGGUUCGCCACGAACCGUUCGCGGCGAACUCCGGUCAGCUGACACAUCCCUGCCAAUCUCCGGCAGACCCUCCCCUCCCACCUCCUGGACAGCAUCCAUGUUGAAGCUGCCUUCAACAUGGAUGCUGUCCAGGAAGUAGGAGGGUCUGGGAGGGAGGGUCUGCCGGAGAUUGGCAGGGAUGUGUCAGCUGACCGGAGUUCGCAAACGGUUCGUGACAUCACUAAUGCCAGUAGGGAUACAAAAUGUAUAAAUAUCAUGAUGGCACUGAGAAUCUAGCAGGCAAGGGGCUAAAGCAGUAAUAUAGCUUAAAACAAAACUUAAAGUUUAUUAUUUUAAAUUCCAUAAAAUACAUCAUUGUAAUACCAUUAAGACUGCAAAGUUUUUCAGUAAAUCCUUACUAGUUUUACUGAAAACAAAAAGUAAGCUGAUCAAUCAAUUCACCCACAUUUUCUGUAUUUUUAAAAAACACAUUUUGUAUAUAGUCAUUAGGAAAGUGAAUUAGCGUGCAUCAUAACCUGCAUUUAUAGCUAGAUGCAAUAGGCCAGGGGUAGGCAACCUAUGGCACUCCAGAUGUUGUGGACUACAUCCCUCAUAAUCCUCUUACACCCAUAAUGCUGGCAAAGCAUCAUGGGAGGUGUAGUCCAAAACAUCUGCAAUGCCGAAGGUUGCCUAUGCCUGCAAUAGGCAGAAAUAGCUUUUACAGGAUGAAAUAUAUAGCUCAAUGUUAUCUUAAGGGAGCAGUAGGUGCUAUGUCACUCAAACUUAAAGUUAUUGGGGGGGGGACAUAACAAGAAAAACUGUAAUGAGGAGAAAAACAUGACAUAUUUCCUAUUUCCCAGCGUCAAAAGUUUGUAAGAUGUAAAAGAUGCAAAAAAAAAAAAAAAAAAGAUGACAAAAUGGGGUAAUCCAAUAAAAUGGAUAUGAAAUAUUACAGUGACGUGCCAGUUUUGGAAAACUUUGAGCCUAUUAAUUACAUAAAUACAGACAGGUGACAAUGAGAGCACAAUGUCAGAAAUAUAGUAGAUGGACUGCACACCCCAAAUAUUAAUAAGAUAAUUGGAUACCACCUAUGGCAACUACACAGACUGGAGUGGCAUCAUCUUCAUCCAAUACACAUUAGCCAAGAAGGUCUGGACACACAGAUGUCAUUCCCAAGCACAUUUUAUUUUAUCAACGUUUCACAAUGUUUACAGUCUGCUUGGGAGGAGAUGACCUCUAGGGAUCUGCCCUUUUUUUUUGCUAAGAAAAGCACAAUGAGCACAAUAUGCAAAGAAGACCCAACCGUUUAAUAAAAUAAAUCAAUCAGAAACAAGUAAAUUUAAGUAGAAGAUUUCUAGCAACAAAUGAUAAACAUAACGGUCCUUGGUUAAUUAAUCCGGCCUUGGCUGGGAGCUGAUUGUGCUGUUAGUGGUAAAGUAGUGCGUGCAGUCUUGAUAUGGAUAAGGAAAAUUAACAAAUAAAGAUCAGGUCCUUAUGUUUGUGUCUUCAGAAGGAGAAACAGAUGUUGCCACUUGUUGUCUCCAAUUUAACUCCCAACAUAUAAUCUAACAAUGUCCUACACCAAUUUAGGAGCAUAUCCUUAUAAACUGCUGAAAUGUAUCCAGUUUAUGUGCUGUUGUGUUUUCCUAAAUUAAAUUAAAGACUGCAUUAUAAUAAAGCUGGUACAGAUUUCAGUGAAAUGUAAAACCUCUGCGUACCAGUUUCUUAGCACAAUUGUACUUAAAGCCAGAAUAAUCCUUUGUACCGGUCGUUGUGAUUCUGCUGGCACUGCCAGUAUGUCAGGCCAUGAGCCACUCUGCCCAGAUGAAGAAUUCCUUUGAUUGUGUGAAUAGACAAUGGAUGUAUAUCUCACUCAGUCAUUGCUGAGAUCAACAAGGCAUAACCUCAGACUGCCUAAUAAGAAGUGCUCUGUCUCCGUGCAGGAAUUGUGAAGAUGUGCUUACAAGUGAGGACUGUGAGAGCCUGUACCAGUUUGUUUAUGCAGCACACAGGCCGCUGGCAGCCGCAGCUGGAGAAUUUCUCUAUAAAAGGUAACUGUAGGGCAAUCUGUGGUUUAUAUUCCAAUUUACAGAAGGGCAGUGAUACUCAGCAGAACAUUAUGUAUGACACGUGCAUAAACAAAACAACGUUCAUCUUGCUGUAGAUAGUUCUCAUUGUUUCUGCUAAUUAACACCUAUUGUAUCUCUUUUAGCUCAGAAUGCAAACCAUUGAGAUAUUUACCAUAGAAAUCCAGAUUGUCUAUAUUGUAAUGACUAAUAAGAACCAUUUUCCGUAUAAUGAAAAUUCUGACUUGUUUUACUGUUAUGCGCAUCUCAAGCAAUCUUCUAUCCCUUUAUUGUGUCUGUAUUUACAAAUUCUUCAUUUUCUUCUGCUUAUCAAAUAUGUUUCUGGAAACAUUAUUAAUGUAUUUGAAGCAUUGUCUAAGGUCUACUCUCUCCCUGGUACUUGGGAUAAGUAUCUAUAUAACAAUUGUAAAUGUUAAUAGGACCCUAGACAAGCCUCUGUUUGUGUGUCUACUUCUCAUUCACAAAUCUCUAAGCUGAAGAGGAUACACUCUGUGGGGAAUCUGUUCUAGGACCAACAUGUUUUCAAUUAAAACAACAUGUAUUAAUUAACUCCCUUUGCAAUCUAUCCCUUCUGCCAUGCAGAACAUUCCAAAGCAGGCCAAAAUUACAUCUUUAAAUUAUGCUCCUAUUCCAAUACCUUAGCGCCACCACUUAAACUCACAUUGCUUGAACAUGGCUUCCACAUCACAUAGCAACAUCAUACAUGACCAUGGGCAUCCACACGAGUUUUACCAGGGGGGGGGGCAUAAUUGUAAUGACAUCUAUGCUUGGCCCCUUUUUGACAGUGUCAUGAAGGGGAGGAGCAUAGUCAUUAUCACAUAAAGCCAGGGUGAAUAGCGUUUUCACAACUAUGGUGUCAGGAAUACAUGUUUGUAUUCCUGACACUAUAGUGUUCCUUUAAGCAAAUUAAAGGAACAUUCUGGUCACCAUAACAACUUCAUCUAAAUGAAAAUGCUAUGAUGCCAGGAAGCCCCUGGGUGCUUUCUUUCCUUUAAGGGGUUAAACCGCUCUCAAAUGGUUUAACCCCAAAGGCUUUCUCAAGCUCCAGGUCGCUCAGUGGUAUUCGGCAUCUGAAACGGAGUGUCAGGAAGUGCAUAUUGACGUCAGGCAUGGGUGCCGCUGAUUGGCUAGAGUUGACAGUUGACGCUCUAAGCCAAUCGCUAGUUCCCGGUUCAUCAAAGUUUUUUACUUUUUUUAUGAAUGGGGAGCUACUGAUUGGCUUAGAGUGCCAGCUGACCACUCUAGCCAAUCAGCAACACCCCUACCCAGCGGCACUCUGUACUUCCUGACACUCAGUAAAUAAAAGUGAACACAUUAACACUGAUAUUUUUUUUUUUUACCUGGGGAGAUGAGAAGGUCCAGAGUUUCCCUGCCAGGCCCAGGUACCAAAGCCUUAUGAUGUGGUAUCCAGAAUUAAGUGGAGGGUUCACUUCAGUUGUCCUUCCUGCUCCAAUCUCCUUUUCUUCUCCUUCAUUUGACAGUCUUCUUUUUCUUCUGACACUGUCUUCUAUAUUUGGCUCCUUCUGCUCCUUUCUCAUUCUGAUUCCUUUCUGCUCCUUGCUGUCCCUUUCUGCUCCUUCUUCCACUUUACCUUUGUGCUCCUUCUGUCCCUUUCUGCUCGUUGCAGACCUUUCCUGCCCCUUGCUGCCCCUGCUCCUUGCAGACCCUUCCUGUUCCUUGCUGACUCUUCAUUUAGGCUGCCCCCCUCCACCCCCACUCCCCUAAUCUAUAAACUGCCCCUCCACCCCCCACUCCCCUAAUCUAUAAACUGCCCCCCCACUCCCUCAUCUAUAGGCUGCCCCCCACUCCCUAAUCUAUAGGCUGCCCCCUCACCACUCUAAUCUAUAGGCUGCCCCAGGCCCCCUAUAGGCUGCCCCCAUACCUCACUCCCUAAUCUGUAGGCUGCCCCCAUGCCUCACUCCCUAAUCUAUAGGCUGCCCCCUCACUCCCCUAAUCUAAAAGGUGUCCCCUGCCUCACUCCCUAAUCAUAGGCUGCCCCCAUGCCUCACUCCCCUAAUCUGUAGGCUGCCCCCAUGCCUCACCCACCCAAAGGGUGCCUCCCACUCCCUAAUCUAUAGGCUGCCCCCUCUCUCCCCUAAUCUAUAGGCUGCCCCCCGCCUCACUCCCCUAAUCUAUAGGCUGCCCCCGCCUCACUCCCUAAUCUAUAGGCUGCCCCCCUCACUGCCAAUCUAUACCCUGCCCCCAUCCUCACUUGCAUAAUCUAUAGGCUGCUCCCCAUCCCUCACUUGCCUAAUCUAGGCUGCCCCAUCCCUCACUUGCCUAAUCUAUAGGCUGCCCCCAUGCCUCACUUGCCUAAUCUAUAGGCUGCCCCCCCAUGCCUCACUCCCCUAAUCUAUAGGCUGCCCCUGCCUCAUUUUCCUAAUCUAUAGGCUGCCCCCUCAUCCCCAAUCCCUCAUUUCCCAAAUCUAUAGGCUAUUUUAAACCCCUCCCACCCCAUCCCCCACUUACCUGAUCUGUAGGCUGUCUCUGGCUGCAUGUGCUGCUCCCCUGCGGUUUCAAUCAGCAGAGAGAAGCAGGGAUAAGAUGCAGCUUCCUAUCCCUGUCUCUCUCCAUACACAGUGCCUACUGGCCGGCGCCGAUAUUGCAGUGCCCCCCCCCCACCCCACCUGCCCCACCUGCGGACGCCCAUGUACACAACCUCCACCAAAUUACACUGCACCGACAUUAUAGACCGCAAGCACAUUGCAUGCUGUACCCAAAACACUUGGCACCCACAUCUCACACAGGGCUCUCACAUAACAAUCACCGUUAGCUAUGGUACCCUGUAGCAAAGACACUGUCUUUACAUUUUGUUUGAGAGGCUAGUGGUUACAUGUGAUGCUGUGGCGGGGGAAGGUAGAGAUUUAAAGCAGCCCACAGCAUGCCCAGGCAGCACUGAUAUCAUGCACUAAAUAAAUACAUGUGGUGACUGCAUACGGAGCAUGGGGAAGGUGCUGUGGACUGUUGAAGAAUGACUAGGUCAUCUUCAACUGUUCCAUUUGCCCCACGUUUAAUGCAUCUCUAAGAUUGAUGGUGGGUGCCGUUCAAAGAUGCUUGAGUGACAAUGACUGCCUAUCCCUGGCAGCUGCAAGCCUUUAAAAUAUUUCAUAGACAUCUAGUACCUUACUUGGUCAGUGGUAGCCUAGACCUGUGUAUUUCAUGACAAAUAACUAUACAUGAACCCUUGCAUCAUACAAUAAAUGAGUGGCCUGUCUUAUACUCUCAUUCCUUUUUUUAUGUAUUUGUAGUGUUCUAGAAAUAAUUUUAUAUGGCAAUAGAGAAUCUAACUAUUAGGAGGAGUAAUCAAGGAGAGGUUUAUGAGCACUGCUUUGUUUGUGGGAAUGGGUGUGUGGGUGAUAUGUAAUAUUGUGUACGUGUGGGGUCUGCUUGGGGUAUUGCAUAUGGGAGGAUGCUGGAGGGGUUUUGUAUGUGGGUUGUCAGUGGUGUUGUAUUUGUGUUGGCUGCUUAGAAGCUGUGAAUUUUUGAAAGUGUAGUAUAGUAUGUAGUAUGUCUGGGGAGGCGUCUUCUGCAGUUAUGUGUGUGUCUAGCUGCGUGUGUUGAUUCCCUGUGGUCCAGUGGGGAUUGGCCUGUCCAGGUACAAGUUGAGGGCAGGAGCUAUGCUGGAUGUUGCAGGCUGUCCUCCUCAAAUGCAAACUCCCCUACACAAGUGCUUGGAGGAAGUGAUCUGAGAUCCACGGAUCUCCCCAUCCUGUUUUGGUGUGUCAGCCUUGCGUGCUGAGUCCAUGGCAUGCAUUCCAUAAGUUUCUAACCCUUGUGCUACAUUGUCCGACAGUCUGAACACAUGUAAUAUAGUUUAUUGCCCUUAAAGUUAAACUCUUUGCUGUUUGGUCAUGCUUGUUAAGUCUUUAAGUGGUAGCAGCCAGGUAUAACCCACCAGCCGGGUACAUUCCUGGAUUUAUGUGUCUGGGUGCAGACUGUAAAGUCCAAUGUAUCCGUUCCUCAGUGUUUAUAACUGAGCCACUGGUUCGCUAAGACAGGCACAUCAUGAAUGGUGAAGUCCUGGUGCAGGUCUGAAUAUUGCUUUAAAGAAACCUCUAGCAAGUAGAUUAAUCUUUUAAAAGAUCAAUAUAAAGCAAUUGGGUUUUGUGAUAGGAUAUUUUUAAUUAAACACCUAGAAGAAUGCUGCAUGUUUUGACAUAAGCAUGCUUCUUUUUAAAAUCAUUGGUAAAUCAAUAGAAUAUAUUUUGUUCUGAAAUAAACUAGGACUGAGAAAUUACCGUACUGUAAAAAUCAAUGUGUUUGACAAUUGAGAAAAGAAGGUGCAAUGUAAUUAUAAACCCAUAAUGUUUUGUAGCAACAUGAAAAUUGCCCUUUGGUUAAAGAUUUUUUACAUAACGGACACAGUCUUGUAUUGAUUGUGUUUAAUAUCUUUACUAAUAUAGCAUCAAAAUCCAUUCAAAUGUUGUUAGAAAUAGGCCCCCUUCCCAAGAGAAUCUGGAUAUUUUUCUUUAUCUAUGCACAUCAUAUCUCAUGCCAUAUAGUAUCUAUUGUGCGUGAUGUUAUUCCAACUCAUUCAGGACUCAUUCAAUGUGUAUCUCCCAGGCAUUUAAAUCAGCUGGCAAGAGAACAAAUCAGCCUACAUAGAAAGGAGGAGAUUGAACACAAUGCCAUUCAGUUGAGAGCCCUCUUGACUUUCUUCAGCAACAGCAAGGUGGGUUGUAGAGCUGUAAGUGGUGGCUUGAAAAAGAUCUCCAGAUCAGAUAUGUAAUCUGUCUGUUGCUUGCAAUGUUUACAAAAUCAUUUUUUUAAGAAUAACAUUAUCUAUUAUUUUCAUAAAAUAAUGCAGUGAGGGCCACAGUUGAGCGUAGCUCCUUUACAUAGCAUACCACGGUGCAAGGAAAAGGAAAUUACUCUUUAAAAAUUGGCUUAUAUUUAACGCCCUCAUUGCCCAAAGGAGGUCCAGAUCACAUAGACAGAUUAAAUCUACACAAACUGCUAAAUAUAUUAAAUAUAUGAACACUUUGUGCAAGCUGCUUAUAGUCAUGAUGUAAAGAAUCUUCCUGAUUAGGGAAUCAUUAGGGAAUCAUUUUAAAACCACCGACUUCGAAAUUCCAUAAACUGUUUAUUGUUAUAUGGCCAGUGUUGUGUGACAGCGUAUAGAAGUCAUUCAGAAAUGGAAGUAGUUAACUAUGGUGGAGAUCCAAUUAAAAAUCAUUAUUAAAUAAUUAUUGUAACCGACUUGUUCUCUCUCUCCGGUCGGUUGUACGUACCCCCUUGUUCGUAUUAUGAAUGAAGAUGAGUGUUCCCCUUUUUAUACCCCCCGGAACACCGACCACCCCCUGACUUGUUAACUUCAGAGGAGUAAUUGGCUCAAGUGCUUUUCCUGGGUGACCGCCAUUCGUAUAACCGAAUACAUGUGCUCUAGUAAAUGGCGGCAGUGGUACAUGGUCGUCGAAUGCUUGGAACUCUUUUCGGCAAUCCAGGGAAAAGUGUACCGCUGCCCAUUCCAGACAAGUUAGGAGAAUGCCGUUCGGGAUAAAGGAACUACCGACUAGGGGGAGCAUUUGCUCUCUAAUAGCCUGUGGGAGCAUUCGUCGGUGUUUGCACAGGAACUCCUGAAAAUGUACUGUCCGUUGCCUCUUUUUCUCUGGAACUGUUUUGGGCUAUCACCUCGUGGUCAGAACCCGAAUGUUGAAUCCGUUCUACCAAAUGGAUCUGAGCCCUAUUUGGACAACUUGGGCGCUCAGAUCCAGGCUAUUUGGGGAUAUAAGACUUCUGUGGUUCCUGUGUAGUUUUACUGUAUUUUUUGGGUGUUUUAUGUAUUUCAUGUAUGGUUCCCUGUAACUGAGAGAUAAUUGAGUUACUAGUUUUUGACGCCUGGGAGGGGUUUGUUUGUAUUGAAUGGAGACACCAUUCUGUGGGUCUGUGCAUAAAUAGCCGAGUGUGACUCAAUAAAGAUAGUUGUACUCCUAGCACUAUGUGUCGUCCAGUUACUGGGGAGAAGGAAAUCUAUUCACUUCACAGCGCUUUGUUCAAGAGUUCCAGUUACCACGGAUCCAGAGGAGAAAAGUCCUUGUCAAGACUAGACAAGAUCUAAGACCUCAGUUUGGGGCAGAAGGAGUACAAUCCAUGUUUAAUUUCACGUGUUUCGAGUGAGGCUCUUAAUCAGAGCAUGAAUGCACUAACUUCUAUGAGUUUAGAUAAGGAGAAAAACCUAAUGGAGAGAUGAAAUUAGACCAACUCCCUGCUCAAUGCACACCAGCAGCAGUCCAUAUUUGUCUGUAUACCCAAUGGAAGAGAAUUCAAAUGCAUAAAUACUGAUAGUGUGCCUUGAGGACUAGGUUAGGACACGUGGUAAGAAACACUUGUGAUUUUAUUAAUCGUUUUAGUUUUAUUGAUAUUGAUAGUGUUAGGAUAGGACAGUGUAUGAAGAGGGGAGAAAAAAAAUAGCCAUAAGGUGAAGAAACGCUAAUACUGAUUGUUUUAUAGAUAUGUCAGUAAAAUAAGAAGGCUGUUUCUGUGAAGUAAUGUAAGGCUAUCGGUAGUUUUGUUGUAGCUUAAUCAGAUGCAUUCUUUCUUUACCAUAGCUACACCAGCACUUGACAUACCUUGUUGACAGCCUAUGGGACUGUACAACUGGCUUCCUCAAAGACUGGCAUUGUAUGUCCACCAUCCUGCUCCAAAAAGGAAACAAUCAACAGACUGGUAAGGACCCUGAAUACCUGUCCUGGAUAUCAUGUUUCCAGUGGUAAAAGUUCAUUUAUUCCUGGAUUUAUGUGUCUGAGUGCAGUGUAAAGUCCAAUUCUUACUUUUCUCUGACAUCCAGAUGUCCUACAGCCUGCUACAAGCAAUAUGUUCCUGACACAACUAUCCUGUCUAAAAGACUUAAAUGUGUACAUUUUGAUUUUAUUAUCUUUUAUUUCUCUUUGGUGCUGCACAUGAAAAUUAAAAGUGUUGAAUUAUUUUGUAAGUCAUUAAUACCUUCAGAUAUCUCACUCUACAAUGGAGACCUUCUGGUUGAGGACCAAAUCUCUCUGAUCUUUGCAGUAUUUCAGUAUUGUUACAAUACGCAGAUUGUCAGAUGUACAUUAAAACAUAACGAUUAUUCACCAUAUUAACAAAAUCUCCUUGAAGUAUGACCGCAGCCAGGGGUCAAGUCCUGGGGAAAAAAGUGUGGGAACUCACCCAAGAUCCACUCCUCCUGCCAGCUUUGUGAAUAGCCUAUAUAUAUCUGAUUUGAUUCUAAGUGAAACAUCUGCAGGUAUUCUACAAACAACGGCCACUGUAUUUUCGACUUUGUGCACUAAACAAAUCUUUUGUUUGUUACUCUUACAGUAACAUAUAUUGACCAAUGCUAGAUACCAAGCAUGAAAUUAAUAAGAUGAAUGAAUGAGGGUAACCUAUUAAUUACAGUGUUCCCAAAACAGUGUAUAACAAAACAAGUUUAAUACAAUAAAAAGCCACAUACAGGUUCACAAUCACACCUGUGCCCAAUAACCCAUUUGUGGUAAUAGGCUAGGCAUACCCCUUUAUAUCAUGACAUCCAUGUCAAGUCAUCGAUCAUUUCCCUUGUGCUCAAACAAGAAUGCAUAGAGUAAAAAAUAUGUUUUUUAAAAGUUCAGUUAUACUGCCUAGCAGAGGCUCUAAGUAGUUAAAAGCUUAUAUCACACACACACUUUCAUUCAGUUGAACUCCAACUCACAUAUUCAGCUGAGGAGCAGACUAAGAGGAUCCACAUAGUUUGCCGUAUUUACUCUGAUCACCUCUGCAGUAGCAAACAGAUAAUGCUGCUUGUAAAUUGGCCAUAAGGACAAAGUUUUUGAAUCAAUAAGCAGUAUUGUGUCCUCUUCACAACCUUGAAUGGAUUUGCACAAUAUAAAGCAACCACAUUUAGUGUCUACUUAAUACAAAAUAGUGCCCUAGACCAGGGGUAGGCAACCUUUUAGCAGCACUUUGCCGAUAUAGGAUUGUGAUGUCCCGCAGCGUGCCGGUCCUAUUUUUUAAAAUUGAGGUGUGUAUGCUGCCGUAUUCUGCUUGUGUUAUUUAUACUGUAAGUGCUUUGUAUAUUUGUAUUUGAGCUAUUAUAUUGUAUAUGUUCAGGAGUAGUUUGUGGUAUUGUGUAAGAUACCUAUGAAUGUGGGCUGUGUAUUGGGGCUGCUUGUGGAAUUGUGUGUGUGGAUGGAUGUGUCACAUUGUGUGUUUGGCAGUGUGUGUAUGUGUGGGGUAUUGCAUGUGAGAAGCUGUAUGUGGUGUUGUGUGCAUGUAUGUGGAUUGUUAGCGGGUUACGUUUGUGCAGAUUGUGUGUAUGUUUGUUUGUGGGCUGUUCGUAUUAUUUGUAUGAGGGGAGGGUUAUUCUGCAUUUCUGUGUAUAUCUAGCAGUGUGGGUGGCUUCCCUAGGUUCCAGUGGAGACCAGGCUGGCCAGGUACAGGUGAAGGGCAGGAGCUGCAAUACCCGCUGUGGGCUACUCUACCACAGUGUGGAUUUCCAUUCACAAGUGCUGGGAGGAAGGGACCUGAGAUCACUUACUCUAUGUGCUGCAAUGCAUAAAUUGAGGAUUGUCAUUUUCGUAUUAGCAGAUAUCUGAAGUUUCACUGGGACUCCUGAUAGGCCAGAGCCUGUUUGGCUCUAGCAGCCUUGAGUGCCGUGCAAAGACUCCUUGAGUGCCGUGCAUGGCACUAAUGCCGUAGGUUGCCUACCCCUGCCCUAGACCAAACCAAAUUAGAUACACAGAGAUAAGACAAAAAAAUGAAUUCUCAAACAUUAAAGCAAAUAACACGAAAGGUGUGCGUAAUCUUAUAGCUACAAAUAUCUACUGUUUUUUUUUUUGCUAGCUCAUUCAUCUGUCAGUUCACCCACAUUACACAAUUCCUGAAACAAUGACAUGGAGAGAGGUGGAAUCAGGCAGUGAUGGGGCAGGUGCGGUGCGGCCGAUGGUGGCAGGCUAAUGAUGCCAGGCCAGUGCUGUGACAGGGGGCCAGGCUGUGAAGGUGAGCUGGGGCCUGGCAAUGAAUGGAGGGCAGAUGGCAGGCUCCGUUCAUUCAUUGCCAGGUCCUGCCUAGCGGCUCCUGACUUGCAGUGCGCGGCCAUGACAGCCCCCAGUACAGGCAGCCGGGCUGCUGGUUAUACCACGGGGCCGGUGAUGGCGAAGGGAGGGAGGGGGUGUGGGCAGGGUGGCUCUCCUACCUUCAGGUGCUCCUGGAAGUGGAUGGGAAGGAUUUGAGCCAUGGCGGUUUCUGUCUCCUGCCUCUCGCUGCUGCUGCCUCUCCAGGACUACUAAUGGGAACGGCGUUCCUGCUGUGGAAAAAGUGCAGGAGCGCCAUUCCCACGCGUUCCUGCAGGACUCAACCCCUGACCGCAGCAUUGUAAUAGGUAACGCGUUUGAGAGCAGAAGUAGUACAAUCCAUCUUUAGUUUCACUCGAGUGAGGUGCUUAAUUAGAGCAUGAAUGCACUAACUUCUGAGUUUAGAUUAGGAAAAAAAAAAAUCAUGUAAAAUAAAAUUAGAGCAAACAGAUACAGCCUACAGCACUGCCUUAAACAGCCUAUGUUGGAAACUUCAAAACUAAUAACACCCUUCCAUUGAGAAAAAAGCAUUAGAAAGGUACAUAUCUUUCUAAUGCAUUAUUUCUCAAUGUGAGGUUAUUGAUAGGUGCUUUUACCGUAUCAUCUGCUAGUCCAAGGCUUCCACAUUGACAGGAGAGACACAGGAAUCUGAAAUGAAAUUGUUGUGGUGCCCAGAUUGUUUCUGUAUGUAAAGGAACUAAAAAUUGCUUAAUAUGUGUUAAAUAUGUCAUGGUUUUUCAGCAUUGAAUGAGAGCCAGAAAAGUUUCCUGAUAGAACUGAUCCUGGCGAGCGUCCGGCAAGCUGUGGAAGGCCACCCACCCGUGGGGAGAGGAUCAGCCAAAAAGGUAUGUGACCGCUGUUUUCAAAAGCAGCACUUUCAGAGUUCACAAACUUUUUAUGGUAGAACCUGAAUACGAAAAUCAUCUGGACUUGCUGUAUCUUCAGACUCUUAACUUCAGGCUUAAAUCUAUCUAUCUAUAUAUCUACCUUGCACUCAGUAUCUCUUAUUAAACUGGUGCGUAUUCCGGCCCAAACACACUGUAGCCACUAAUGUUGCUGUGUAAUGUUACUUUGCAAUAAAAUAUAACAAUAUUUCUGUCUCACACUUUCUGAAGACAUAGUGCUUGAUGGCCACUUGUUACUGCACUAUAAUAUUACAUGUUUAUGUAUUUGUUAGUUUGCUUUCUGUACACAAAAAACGAAAUGAUCCAUUAUUGAUAGUAGAUUGCAGAGCAGGCUCCUGCGCAUUAUCCUUUUUAAAGACGCACCUAAGAGAGGCUCAUAACAAACGGCAGCAAAUUAUUUUUAUAUGUGGAUAUUGAAGUUAGGGUUGAGAGAUCCACACGAUUUAAAUGAACAUGUAUCACUUCUUCAUGCUGUUGGUGCAUGAAAUGUAUUGCCCUGACGAAAUGUGACAAAUCUAUCACUCCAGGUAGUUCUCACUGGAACCUUGUUUUUUUCAUUACUUACUAGCAGUGUAUUCAUUCUACAUAUUGCAAGGCAGUUCUUUUUACUUACAACCUGGUAUGUGUCCAGCAACAUGUGGUGGAUCUGGCUAUCUGAAGAACCUAUGCUAUGAUUUACAAUUACCCCAUGUUGAGAAGCACUGUCUUAGCCUGUCCGUACAUUCUUUAUUGUGUAUUAAGUAUCCAAAUUACAUAGCUGAACAGAGAAAAUUGUCUGCACAGUACACUACAUAUCUCAGGACUGCCCCUGUAUUCUAACAGCUGUUGUAAUAGUUAUUCUGCUAGACAACCCACGGCUCCUUGUGUGUCUAAUAAUAGCUCCAAAUAUAGCUAAUAAUAGCUUUACUCGUCCUUAACUUAGUGAAGCUUUGUGUUUGUAUCAGUGGGAUGCUAGCAACAUGCAUGCACUGGACUGUUUCACAGACACAUUUCUGUUCUCAUCUUUUAUUAAUACAUUUAUUGUCCCAGUUGCUGCCCGGUAUUGGUUAAGAUUGUCAGUCUCUGUUUAUGUUUUUACUGAUGCUUUAUAUUAGGUCCUCUCUACCAAAGAGAAGCGAGUGCAGAUGGAAGACAGUGUGAGGAUUACUGAGCACUUUGCAGGGACUCUCCCACUGCUUCUGGCGAAGGUAACGAACAACUGACAUGAACCAGUAAUGUCAUUCUGACACCCCCAUCUUUUAGCUGCUCUUCGAACAUACGUCAACUAAGAUUGUGCCCAUAACAGAUCAUAAUAAGAUUCAUGGGAGUCUUCCUCAUCUAUUGGACACCCCACGUGCCAUUUACGAACACAUUAUGUAAGAAUUAUCACUUUGCACUUCACCCCAUGGAACAAAACCCUUGACACUACUGUAGGGAAAACACAGAAUGUAACUGUCAUCAUUCCCCAGCACUAGGGCCCCCAGCACUCAGCACUCCAUGAGAUUCCUUUUCCCAUGACCUACAGUGGGAGAGCAUGGUAGAUCUCUGACCCAUAGCCUUUGAUGGCUUGGUAUUCUACUUAUGCUCAUCAAUCACUGGACACUGUCAUCUUAUCUCUGAUCCUGUUUACAGAUGGAAGUGAAACAUGCAUGAGGGUUUUUAUCCACUAAACUAGUAAUUUCAAAAAUAGACCAGGGAACAUGUUACAUGUUUUUUAAUAAUAAUUAUCAGGUCAGCUCAAAAUCCCAAGAGCUGGCAACCUAUCUAUUGGGAUAUAUAUAUAUAUAUAUAUAUAGAAGUUAUAUAUAUAUAUAGUCAUGGCCAUCUUCUCCUUUACACAGUUUGUGCCAGACCCGGACAAGGUGACCAACCUUUUGCAGCUCCCUCAAUAUUUUGAUAUGGAUGUUUACUCUGCAGGAAACAUGGACAAGGUGAGAAAUUAACAUAGAUUGUAAUCACCAGAGUCUGCUUUUUUAAAUAUAAUUUGUGAGCUCCUCUGAAAGAAUUGUCUAAGCUUAAGUCUGCGCUGGAGAAUUUUAGAGAAUCAUUGGUAAAAUAUUUAGAAUUUUACUUCUUUUGUCUUUAGUUUUUAUAUGAUUUGUUCCCUACUUAAUAUUUUAUAUGUAUAAAUCUAUAUUCUCAAACAAGGUGAGAAUUUUGACAUAUGGACUGGUGGAACGUGUAUUACUGCCUAAGCCCAAAAAAAUGGUGCCUUGAGCACCAAAAAGUACAAUCCCUUAAACUCUUCCAACAAUUAUGUGACAAUACCAAAGUUGUAUAUUUACCAAUAUGGAUACCGCACUCUCCUGGAUUCCAGGGUGCAACCGGCCUGUGGUUGGCCAAUCCUCACAAUAUGAUUUGCAAAAAAAGUAAUGAUGGUCUAGGAACUCAAGUUCAAUCCAGUGGGCAGAUUUAUUGGAGCAAAAUCGAAACUGUUGUGGGCCAAAACGUUGUUUUGAUUUUGCUCCAAUAAAUCUGCCCACUGGAUUGAACUUGAGUGCAUGGACAAUCAUUACUUUUUUGCAAAUACCAUAUAUUUAAACUUAUCAGGAUGAUUGGGACUACUCUGUAUAUUAUAAUUGCCUUGAGGUCUGAAAAGGUGCCUUGGAACAUGAAUUAUAAAUGGCGCAGUUCUCCAAAGCAUUUGCAGGAUGUUAUAAAAAAAAAACUAAAAUAUUCAUCUAUUCUACUUGUUUAAAUAUUAUUUUACAUACUAUUUCACAACAUUACCAGAUAUUUGUACAAUAAUUCUAUUUAAAAAAGUCUAAAUCUUUCUCAAAUUAUUAUUAUAAAUUAAUUAUAACUUGGGUGUCAACUCCACAUCAAAAACUUGUUUUCAGUGACUGUGGUAAUUGUUAAAGACAUGUGUGGUCAUUUUAAUGGUGAUCAGUUGUCAACGUGUUGGGAACUCAAAUAUGAUAUUAGCUGUUAAUCUUUGUUAUGGUAAACCCCAAUAACGCAUGAAUGUACUAUUUCUAAUUGUGACAAUGAUUUGUAGCACCUGGAAGCCUUGCUGAAGCAGAUACAAGCAAUAGUGGAGAGCCACUCAGCCCCAGAGGUGCUUGAGGCCUGUUCCAAGGCCUACAGAAGCCUGAGUAAAGAAAACCUAGAGAGUCAUGUCCAGGUCAAUCUUUCCAAGACACAACUUAUAGAACAACUUGUGGGCACUUUCAGUCAAAAGUUGGAAGAUAUUCUACAGGAGGUCAGUUGAUUUGGUGUCUGAGAAACUGUAUUGAAGAAAGAUUAACAUUUAUUCAGCUUAACAACAUCUAAAGAUUACUGUAUGGGACACUGACUGAGACUUAGUGCAAGGCAGACUGUAAGAGCCCUAGAUCUAAUGUCUGGUCCCAUGUCUUCUGGUAAAACACCCAUAUGCUGCUAUUGCUCUGUCAUGCCAAAUGCUUGAGGGUUAUUAGUGUGCUUAUACAUUAUCAGUCUCUGUAUUUAUAAUUUAAAGACUUGAUCAUUAGUUACAUAGACAAUGUGAAGAAUGUGUUACUGUGACACUGGAACAGCUGCUUCAUUAACAUAGGCUUCAGUUUUCCAUAUUUAGGUAUAGAAUAAAAAUAUAAAACGGAAUGGAAAAUAUUUACACGAUAAUCAUCUAGUGCACAAAGUGUCCUAAAUGCAUUUUUAUCGUUGUUAUUUGUUAUAUAUUGAUAUAUUUAUUUUGCGUGUUUUAAUAAUUUUAUUGUAAAGUCUUCAAUAUUAAAGGAAUAAGGCUUUUGGCCUGCUUUGGCUAGUCUUCUUACAGUCGACAUUAUUGUUUCAGGGAGCAGAGCAUUGCGCUGCGGAAGAUGUCCUUUCGUUGUCUCAUGUUCUGAGACGGCUGGCUGCCUUUCACAAGUGAGUUCUUUCAUUUAAUCCAAAAUAGCUGUGCUUUUUUUACAAUGCAGAGCAGCUUCUCUCCUUUCAUUUAAUAAUCUAAUACCCUCCCACAUUCCCUUUAAUUAUUUUGUGUCAAAUCCUAAGAACAAUCUUCUGAAGAUAAAUCAAACAAAUGAACUAUUUUAUCCUUUCCCCGAUCAAAAGACAAAGUGGAAUCUUGGGCUAUUUUUAAAAUGCGAUUCAUCUGUAGCAUUCUCCUCUCCUCCUCCGACUAUCAGUUGUUUAACAUUUGCUGUAAUGCGAUAUUGCUAAUAUGAUUCUACUCAGAUAUUCUGUUAAUUUUCAUUCCAUUCUGUUACAGUAAUUAUUGCGUUUGAGAACAGUACCUACAGCAUUUCUUAUACAUAGAAACAUAGAAACAUAGAAUGUGACGGCAGAUAAGAACCAUUCGGCCCAUCUAGUCUGCCCAAUUUUCUAAAUACUUUCAUUAGUCCCUGGCCUUAUCUUAUAGUUAGGAUAGCCUUAUGCCUAUCCCACGCAUGCUUAAACUCCUUUACUGUAUUAACCUCUACCACUUCAGCUGGAAGGCUAUUCCAUGCAUCCACUACCCUCUCAGUAAAGUAAUACUUCCUGAUAUUAUUUUUAAACCUUUGUUCCUCUAAUUUAAGACUAUGUCCUCUUGUUGUGGUAGUUUUUCUUCUUUUAAAUAUAGUCUCCUCCUUUACUGUGUUGAUUCCCUUUAUGUAUUUAAAUGUUUCUAUCAUAUUCCCCUGUCUCGUCUUUCCUCCAAGCUAUACAUGUUAAGAUCCUUUAACCUUUCCUGGUAAGUUUUAUCCCGCAAUCCAUGAACCAGUUUAGUAGCCCUUCUCUGAACCCUCUCUAAGGUAUCACUAUGCUUCUGAAGAUACGGUCUCCAGUACUGUGUACAAUACUCCAAGUGAGGUCUCACCAGUGUUCUGUACAAUGGCAUGAGCACUUCCCUCUUUCUAUUGCUAAUAACUCUCCCUAUACAACCAAGCAUUCUGCUAGCAUUUCCUGCUGCUCUACACAAGUAUCUACACAAGCGCUAUACAAGUAAGAGUUAUGACAAAUAUGGAGAAGAGCCAUAUUGCUUGAGCUGUAUUGGCAACAGAUCUCAUUUUUUGUUUCCCAGUGAAGGUUUCUUGUGUUCCCUUUUUGCAAGAAAUAAACCAAAUAUAUAUAUUUUUUGCUAUAACAUUCCUUGAAGUAUUAGAAACACUUGCAUAAUUGCCCAUCAUAAUCUUACUGAGAAUGCUAUUUAUAGCUAGUCUUCUAGAACGGUUCCAACUAUCUUUAUUUAGAUUAAAUUACUUUUAUAUGAGAAUGCACAACCUCUGCUUUUAAAAAAAAAUAAAAAAUGACAAUUUCACAUUCUCUCUGUUUGGCACACAGCGCACAUAACUUAACCCAGUGGGAUCUUUAUCAGAAGACAGCACAGCUCGUUUCCUUUGACAUAGACCAAAGCUGCCUACCUGUGCAGGUAUGGUUUAAUUAGCUGCAUAAAUAAGACAGUACUUUUAUACUUCGAUGAAAUCACAAAGAGACCUGGUACAUUUACGUUUACCAACUUUAUUAGUGCUUCCAAUGUUUAAAUGAUGUAUUAUAUUAAUUAUAAGAUGUAUGAUUGCAACUUAAAGGGUGGAAGACUAAGAGGGAAAUGCUGGUUUACUGAAAGAGUAGUAGAUCCCGUAUUGGCCUUACAGUGAAAGUAGUAAAGGCUAACAUGUUUACAGGAAAACUCCCACCUUUGUAAUAACUUAGGUUGUUUAAGUUAUUGUGGGGUCAGGAGGGUCCAUGCACUUUUCUACCUGGUUUAACUCUGACGAUGGAGCUCUGGGGGGCAUAACCUGAUGAUUAACAAUCUUAUGUGUGCACAUGGAAAGAAACAGCAAGCAUGUAGGGAUAAUGAAUUCAAGAAUGCUUGUAUUAAUAAGUGUAUCCUUAAGAACUAAUCAGUAACAUUAUCCUAUUACUUAAAAAUAGCUGUAUCAAUGUAUGAAGUAUUCAUUAGGGGAGCCAGCGGCACACAGGGUGAUUGCAUGCCUGGUUUAGUUGUAGUAGCCCAGGGGUAGGCAGUCUCUGGCACUACAGAUGUUGAGGACUACAUCUUCCCUGAUGUUUUGCUAGCAUUAUGGCUGUAAGAAGCAUUAUGGGUGAUGUGAUCCACAGCAUCUGGAGUGCCGAAUGUUGCCUACGCCUGUAGUAGACCUUCCCAUACCUCACGCCAUAUAACAGGCUCUUCUGUUUGUGCAGCUCAUUCUUCCUGCUAUCCAAUGCUGUUAUUAUGCUCUCCUUUGGAAAGUGUUGCCUGUCAUGGAAGAUUCCUGUCCAAAGGUGCGUCUGUUAUUUUGUAUAUUUCUGUAGUGACUGGGUAAUAUUUGCAAAUGAAGAUUUAUAAUUCAUGCCCUCAUGAUUUCAGUAGGACAGCCACACUAGGCAGAUUAACCCUGCAAGGAAAAUAUUCCCAUUACUGCAGAAUGGCAAUGUUUCCAGCUGAAGGGUUAAAACAGGGAAGAGGGGACAUAGCACUCAGACCACUUCAUUGAUCAGUGCAACUUCAUGUUUAUACAAGAUGACCAUGUUUCAAAAAGGUUAUAAUGCUCCAUAUAUAACAUGUAGCUUCAGUCUAGAGGGACAGAAUUUCAUUAAAUAAGGAUUGUUGAGAAAGAAUGGGCAGUGACACCUAAAGAGGCAAAAUCCCUUCAUCCAGCUCCCUUGUUUCCAGGAGGUGCUUGUUUCACUGAAGACACAAGUGACACACUUUUGCCAGUUCUGUAGACAUUACCUGAAUCACCAGGAUCAGUCUUUGAGAGAACAGGUGAGUGUUAGAGUGUUCAUCUCAUUUAUCUAAACCACAUUUUGUUGUAUAUUUUAUUUGUCCUCCAUCUAAUAUAUUUUUAUGGACAAUAGCUGUAAGCCUGGUUAUAUUGGGUGGAUUUUUAGAGUUCAUGUUUGUAUUGGCUUGUAGUGAAUAGGGUGUCAGAAUGUGUGUGUACUAAGUGUUAAGACACUCACCGCCAGGUAGAUGAAGCCGCCGUUUAGUGAAUAAUCCCCUUUCUCCAGAAAUGCAGUUUAUAUCCAGCCGACCGCCAAACUCCCGAACGAAGUUCACGAACACGGCAACUCCCGAUCAGCAAAACAGUCGAACGCCUUCCACAGCUAAAAAUAACGAAAGCGCUGUCCCAGUAGUAAUUCCCCCCACAAACGAGACCAAGCUCCGUCUUGAGGGUCAAAUAAGGUUCUGUUUAAUGGGGGCUACCUGCCCCGUAUUUAUGCAGGUCUCCACAAGGUCCCGAGGGGACCUUGUGGAAGACUGUAAAACAUAUUGUACAGUAGCCAAUCGCAAUGGCUUCAAUAUAAGCCCUUCCCAUGUUACCCAUAAAUCCGUCUUCUCUACCGCGGAGAUAAUUGGGAAGAAACCUAAUUAUAUCCUAGGAUAGAGACCAUCGCCAUUUUAAAAUACAGUAAUAAAAAUACAUUAAAAUACAUAACUUAGAAAAUACCGAAUGAAUAUAGUUCGUAUAACGUAUCCCCAGACAGCCUGGAUCUGAGUGCAUAUUUCCACCGAAUAGCGCUCAGAUCCGAUGUAUCUAGUCGAAUCGCCAUGGAGUCAAAGUCUUUCACCAGUCCUUCGGUAUACGAAUGACUCCAUGGGACGGCUAUCUGGGUAAAGGUCCAUACGACUGCAUAAAACUCCCGAACAGACCGGCGUUCGUAUGCCUCGCCGAAAUAGAAGGGGGGCAUCAGCUUCCAGCAGUGUUCGGUAGAUUAAAGUGUCCGUUUUUAGUUCCAUAGAAUUUGUACCGAACACUUUCUCGUGUCUCAAAAUGGCCGCUGCCUCGUGGUCGACAUGCGAACGAUGACCACCCGUACGAAUGGAAUGGAGAGGUGUCUGCGGUUAACCACAACGUUCUAAUUGGGGCCAAGAGGUUAACCAGCAGCACACUCCUCUCCUGGGUGGUCGUUCGUUCGGUAGUUUCAAUCGGCAUUUUGUAAUUUCACGAACAGGGGCAUACGAACAGGGAAUCCAGCGAAAUAAAGGGGAAACAGAUGAACCAGCAAUAUAGGUGAAUCUGUCACACUAAGUAAUUACUAUCUGUUUUAUUUAGGCAUUCAUGUCACUAUGUGACCUACUCCUGUUUCUAAGGCAAAGAGGUGGAGGGGUGUCUUCCUAUGCCGACUCUACGAUGCAAUUAGAGCUUCUCUCAUUUGUCCAAAGACAUGUAUUCCAGAUUGAUGAAAGGAACACCAAACGUGCGUAUGUUUACUAGAGUCAAAAAAAUCAAAUUUUGGAUUACAGUAAUGUAUGGUAUAGUGAUUUGCUCCUGAGCCAAAUGAACACAGGCUAGACCCAAUGACAAGAUGGUUAUUUUCACCUAUUUUAGCCUUCCACUGGCUUUUGUCUGGAGCUCUAAGGGUAAAGCUGAUGGGCUCAGAAGUAUAAACAGGGAAGCUGAGGGAGAAUCUUAACCCAGAUAAGAAGAAUGAGCAGUCUGUGCUCACUGUUCAGUAUUUGUUGUUAUUAUACAGUACAAAUCCCCAACUUACUGUAAUUAAAAGGAAUACAUUCAUAACAUGGAACUCACUGUUAAUGGAACAUAUAUUAUUAGAUUUAUGUGUGUAGAACAUCUGCAGGCCCGUACUUUAUUUUUAUAUUGUAGAUGUGGUUCUGAUCAAGACUGCUAGUUCCCAAACAUUUACAGUUCAGUUAACGUUCUCAGACCGCCAUCUUAGUUCUUAUUUCAUCAUGCAAAUCCUCAUUUGUCGCCAUCUAUGAAUGCUACUCUUUCCUAUCCAUCACUCUCAGUAUGCCAGUAUUGAUGAGGAACAUGUCUCAUGUUCCUCUUUUUUCCACUCUGACAAUGACACCCUAUUAUUUUUUUCUACCAGAAUGCUCACAAUUCCAGAUAUCAUCCUAUAUUGAGGAUGUGAAAGCUGGCUAUGUACAUAGAGGAAUUCUGGGACAAAUUGGAAUAAUCUACAGGAAAAUUCUAUUAAUUUCCAUAGUGAUUGCUCCAUUUCUAGAACAUUGCGCUAGAACUGCAAUUGAUAAAUAACCACUUCUUUAAAAUACAUUUUUGUUUUAAGCAACCUUGGCUUUCCAUAGUUCAAGUAAUGAGUGGUUGCCCCUUCUCAUAAAGUUGCCUUGUAAUAUCGAUAUAAUUUCUUUAAAUUACUUUUUAUAUAACUUUUUUUUUGAUAGCCUGGUGAAUUGAAUCAAAACGUCAGGUCCUGGCCAGGGCCAGAUUUUCAAUUAGGCAGAGUAGGCACCUGCCUACAGGGAGAUAUUGAUUUACAGCACUUAUAAUGUGCCUUCUUGAAACCAACGUGUGUGUGGGUGGGGAGGUAAGUACCAGGACCCUUGGUCAGUGUCCUCUGUAGACCAGGCAACCUAAUGCUUAAUAGCAGAGCUACAGUAACAGGUCUCGAGGGAGUUAAACUCAGUGUUGUCCCAGCUUCUCUAGUGUGAGGCUGGUCAGGAAGUAGAAAGGAUCACUUUCCAUCUAUCCACUAAUACCUCUCACACCAGAAGUUCCUUGCAGGAGGAGCAGGGACUGCAUUGAGUGAUACACACUGUAUUACAACUCCUGCUGCUUAAUUAUCAAUCAUAGGAGAAUGUCGGGACUGCCAAAAACAUAGGAGAGUGACUACUUUUCAAACUCCAAAUGCCAUAAACACCUCUUUUUUCUUACCCUAAAUGUAACCCUUCUCAAAUCUAAAUAAACCCUUUCCUUAGUCCAACAUUUAAGCACACAAAGCCUAAUCCAAAAAAAAUUAUAAUUUGCCUUACUCCUAGGUUCAUCUCAUAUUAAACACGAACCACAUGUACCCUAAUACUAAAUGUAACCCAACUCUUACCCUGAACUGAAUCAUUCUAACACACAAUACAUUACAAGCGGAAAUACACACACACGCACACCCACACUCACACACAGUUACCAUAUAUCAUUUUUAGAGGUUUCUAAUAAUAAAUUAAUUAAAGCCACCUUAACUGAUGUUUAUUUUUUGGGAGGUCAGGGGGGUGCCUUAGAAUGCUUUGCCUGCAAUCACCUGACAUGUAAAUCCAACCUUGGUCCUGGCACCAUAUCAUUGCAUCAUACCGAAACCCAAGAAAAUGCAAAUCAUGAUUUUGCAGUAUUCCUGUUAUUUAUUUCCUGAUCAUUUCUUGUGUUAAGCCUCUAUUAGCAGUAUAGGUCAGCGGUCCAUCAGUCUAGUGACUUUAAAACCCAUUGUGUUUGCAUAUACAUUUACAUUAGUGGAUCUGAAUUUGCAGGCAGAUAGUGGUCAGUUCUAAUACAAUCUGAUGCAAAAAUCUGUUUCUCACCACAUAACUAACUAACUCCUAUGGAGAAAUGGUUAAAUCCUUACAAGGGUACGUUAUACACCAAUAAUUAAAGGGACACUAUAGUCACCAUAACUACUACAGCUUAAUGAAGUGGUUUCUAUAGCCUGUCCCUGCAGGCUGAGCAAUGAAAGCAGUGGUUACAUUGGUGCCUAGUAUCACCUCUAAUGGCACAGUGUGCAGGACCUGCAUUCAGUGUACAUGGAGACACCGAUCGCUCACCAUAGAGUUGCAUUAAUUUAAUGCAUCUCAAAGAGAAGAUGUCGAUUGGUGCAUUUUGCUGCAAAUGCAUAAUAGUCUCCCAAUCCUUUCCUGUGGGAGAGCAUUGCAUUGGGUGAGAUCAUAAAGAUUGAUGAUCUCAGCCAUUGAGGACCAGCUACUGUAAUGGAGUAAAUCUACCUUUUAUCUCCAGUCUGAGGGGGACAAGGGACCUAGACAUGUUGUCCAGCACUACAGUCUUAUGAAUAAAUGUUUGUAUUCCUAACACUGUAGUGUUCCUUUAAAACAUAUGUUAUAUGAAUAUUUUAUGAGUAUUAUGUACAAAUUAAUGUGUGUGUGUGUGUGUAUAUAUACACCCAAACAUAGCCUACUUCUUUAGGUUUGCCUUUGAGGGAUUGCCUUUUAUCCCUUAAGGACACAACUUCAGAAAUAAAAGGGAACCAUGACGGAAUAUUUUCGUCAUGUGUCCUUAAGGGGUUAACUGAUUGAUCAGUUACUACAGAUACAGAUUAAGUAUAUUUAUUGUAGUUAUAAUGUAUGUUGGAUUAGAACUAAACUUGUAUUUUAUUCCACUUUGUAUCUCCUGACUGCAGUGAAGACUGAGAGGGAUGACGAGUUGAUCCUGAGUAGUUUGCAUAGAAGGAGAAGUUUACUCGCUGUUUACUGCAAACUAAUAGCAUUUAAUGCAGUGGAAAUGUCUGCGGCUUCAGAAAUUUAUAAACAGUACAUGAAGGUAAAAUGGAGAACCUUCCUCCAGAUAAACGAAAACAGACCUUGUGUAUUGUGUAGUAUUUAGCUGCAUCAAUUAAACCAGCCUUCAUACUGAUGCUACAUUCUUUUAGAUUGGUCAUUGCAAGACUGCUCUGUUUACUCUGAGGCUAUAGAAACAACAUUUAUUAAAAUAACUGUACACACUUAUUAGUUCUAGUAUUGCAAGUCAGGCUUUAAUUAAUUUUGUUUAUUCUCCCCCUAUAGACCUAUAAUGAUUUUGGAGAUAUUAUUAAGGAAACAUUAAGUAGAACAAGACAGAACAACAGAAUAGAAAGUGCAAUAACACUGGUCCUCUGUCUGCAACAGGUAAGGGACUGUUAGCUAUGUGCCACGAUGGAGGAAAACAUGCGCAUAUGGUGAAUUACUCAGGAUUAUUUUGAGCAUGAGCAAUGGGUAACUCGCCCUUUAGAAGUGCAAAGAGUGUAUAGGGGCCAACGUACUCAUCCCUAGACCCAAGAGCCAUAGGUGUUUCUUGAUGGUUUUAACUGCAUUGUGUGUUAAGGAUUUAAGUUUGCGUUUAAGUAGGCGAUGUAAGUCAUUUAUAUAACUAAGCAUACACAUGUUUAAUUUUUCUAUUUUUUUUUUGUGUGUGCCUGGGAACUUUAAAGUUUUACCAUUUGUUCACGUGCUGACAGAAAGAAGAGGGUAUAUCAGGUUCUUCUGAGGGUUCUUAACCCCUUAAGGACACAUGAUGGAAAUAUUCCAUCAUGAUUCCCUUUUAUUCCAGAAGUUGUGCCCUUAAGGGGUUAAAGAAGUUGGGUAAACAAUUGUCCGACCCCAGAAUUUCACUAGGUGUAAUAAUCUCUCCCCGCUGCCCUUCAGCUUCUGUUAAACUAUAAGUCCCAUCACUCCCAUGCCAGUGUGAUCAGGGGUUGGAGGGAUCAUUUUUGGCUGCUAAUGUGAUAUAAUAAAGUGUAACAAUACAAUGGUUUUAUUGAAACGUGACUGCUUUGCUUUGUUUUUAUUUGGCUUACUGCCAUGUGUUUGCAGCUGUAUCAGAAGCACAGAGAACUCCACGGCAGUACCACCCAGAACUCAUUGUCAUUCACUAACAUAAAGGAGCUGGCGCGACGCUUUUCUCUAACCUUUGGCAUGGAUCAUGUGAAAUGCAGGGAAUCUGUAGCUAUGAUGCACAAGUAUGUGGCCUGAACUCUUUUUCUUAUAAUACUGUAUAUCAAAUCACAUCAAAUCAAUACAGAAUAUUAACUGGCAGGAAUAGUCUAUUUACUGGUGAGUGCAGCCCAAAUAAAAUCCACUCAUACUUGAUGGUACUUGUAGUACUCAGCAAAUUCUUUAUUCAGCAAGCAGUUGUCGAUUUUUUUUUUUUUUUUACAAUUUGGCACAUGUAUAGGCCUUCAUUUAAUUUUUGGAAUUAACUUUUUAAAUGUAAUAUUUUUGGAUAAACUUUUAAAUAUUUUAGCUAUUUAAAAUAAAUAUUAAUAUAUCAAAACUUUUUUUUCUAAACAUUAAAUCAUUUAUCCAAGUUUAUCCAAAAAUAUUUAAUCAUUUAAAAAUAUUAUCCAAAACAAUUAAAUUGAGGGCAUAGUCCUUAUUGACUUUAAGGGUUUCAUGGCUCAGGGUUUCAGACCAGUUAAUAAAUGCUAAAACCAAUGACUCAUCCAAGUUUGUAUCUUAUGCAAGAGUUGUGACUUUGGUGGGCGUUGAGCUGGAAAACAUCAUAUUGGUUGCCUUGUGUCCACCAGAAUCUAAACCACUCAUUAUAUGGGUUAUGAAAAUCCCACACUAUCAUGAUCGUCAAUGCAUAUCAUCUGCCAUGAGAGGGUUAAGCCAUAAAAAUGAAAGUAUAUUGCAAAUAAAAAGAACUGAUGAUUUCAGGGCUUUAUAAAAUGAGUCCUCUAAAUCUGAAAUUGAUAUUUUAAGCAUCCACUGGUAAUACAAUGAAUUGGAUAAUGUUUAUGUGUUAACUGGGAUAUCACAUUAAUAAGAAAAAAUAUUGCAUAUUAUUAGUAAAGCCUAAUAUUAAGGUUUCAGUGAGCUUUAUGGCUGAAUUUAAUAAAAACGCUUGCAACAUUGAUAAUGUUUCUGGAGAUCAGUAAAUAAGAUAAUAAAUUAAAGAAUAGGGCAUUAGUAAAAACAAUCUUAUGCAUAAAGUAGAAUCUGGACUUUAAACUAUGUUUUAAACUAUAUAAAAAUGCCUUGUAAGAAGUAUGUUUAAAAAUGAAAAUAGUGCCCCUCUGCUGCCUGGAUUUCUACCAAGCACAACAAAAGUUCAGAAAAGGACAAGUCACAGGGUUGUUUGAAUCAUUCUGAUUUGUGAUGUAGAAAUUAUUCUUAAAUUGUGGCUAACCAAAUGGUCUAUAAAUCAUCAAACAACUGUACACACACACAAUUGCAUUGUGUAGAUUAAUUAAACAGUAAGUAAAGCUUCGUACUGAAGACCAUACUGUCUGCCUGAUGAUGUAUAGCAUGGGUACCCCCAGCUUUUGCAUUACCACAGCUUCAGUGAUGUUUUAAUCAGCCUUCAAGCUCGCAAGGCAUCAUGGUAUUUGUAGUUCUCUAAAACGUGGUGGGCUAUAAGUUAGCCAUCCCUGAUAUAAAGCUUAGAUUAAUCAGGUACAGGUUUGAAAUCUGCCAAAGUUGUCUCUGUUUACCAACCAAUAAAAUAAUUAGAAUCUUACCUGUGGGGUUAAAUCCAGGAUUUUGGAGAAGGUCUUUCAUAUCCAGUGUAUAUCUGCUUCAUUAACACAUAUGUGGCAUGGUUUCAUCUUGUACAUGUUUCGUUCGAAACUGUUCCGUAGUGAUAAAAUGUGCGGCAGCACUGCGCAGCUUACACCCGUUCCUUAUGGAAUCAGGAUGUAAGAUUAUACACGUGUAAACAAUCUGUAUUCCCUCUGCAUUUCAUCAUCUUGGGGUUAAAGACAAUAUUGGUAAACAUAAUUACCUCCAAGGAGCUGCACAUGGAGUGUCAAUUAAUCCACUAUUAGAUAUAUGAUUUUGCUAAGCGUUAUGCAUGCUUUAUGCAUAGAAAACUGACCAAAGAUAAUAUUGCAGAGUCACAACCUUUUUAAGCUAUUUCAAGUCAUGACCAAGAAAACCAGUUUACUCGUUAUAUUCCGGCCCCCUUAAGAAUAUAGCCUUGUGUUGCAUCGUUUCUGGUUAAUAUUACUAAUUGGCCUCCUGGAGAUUGAUGUAUGUAUAGUUGAUCAUUCUCUAAUUGGAAGUGUAAUGUUAAUCUUACUGUGUAUUAGAUAGCUCAGAGAAAAAAAAUGAAGUUGAAACAUGGAAAUGAUACAAAAGUAAUGACUUAAUUUCUUAUAAAAUCAUGUCAUAUUUUCGCAACUUUAUUAGUCUUGAAUAUGUAGCAGCAUUAUUACCAUAAUAAGAUGAAAGCUAGACAACUGUAUUUGUUUUCUAGCAGAUUAUAAUAAUUACAUUUUAAAGAUAUAUAUAAACUGUUUUACCUUUUACACACACACAGCAUUCACUACACAUACACCCCCCAACACACACUAGAUUUUGUAAACAUCCACAUUAGGUCCUCUACAAACACACACUGCAUCUCUAAGUGUCUGCGAGAUGGUGGUGAAAUGAGUGGCGGGGCCUGAAGGGGAACUCCGGAUGGAUUCCAUGAGCCCAGGCCUUGAACUGUUUAAGGGCCCCAAAACGUCUGAUGGCAGCCCCGUUUGGCAUAUAAACAUUGUGAAGUGUGAGUGGAGUGAGAUUUUAAGAGAUGCAGAGGGAUAAAAUGAACCUUUGGCAGAAAAUUUGUUUUUUCAUUGUGAGCAAACGUUUUGGUCUAAAGUGGAAUGUCAGUAGGACUUUAUGGACUAAAUUGAAUUUUGCAUUCAUUAAAUCUAACCCAUGUUUACACAUUACAUGGAAGGAUAAAAGGACAUGCUAGGGUGCAGGUGACUGCUCGUUGUUUUUUUUUGUUUUUUUUGUCAAUCUUUAUUUGAGGCAAAAAGGUAUAGGGUACAGAAUAAAGAAUAGAAAGUGUUAAACAGGGGGUGUAAAGCAUGCACAAUGAACAUAUAUUGUUAUUGGAAACUCCAGCUUAAAACUGCCUACACCCUUUUAUAUUAUUUUAUUCUUUCUUUGACAUAACUUUUUCCCUCCCCCCCCUUUCUGUAAAUUAUUUAUUACUUUGACUGCUCAUUUUCAUUGCAAUAUGAAAAUAUGUAUAGAGGAAUGCAAAUAUGUUAGUUACCUCUGAAUUGUCCUUGAAUAUUGAAAAUAUGAUGCUUUUCCAGGAACAAGGCACUGGCUAAGAUUUAUCACCAAAUCUUAGUACCCUACUAAGCUUUUUCAAGAGUGGUUUGCAUGGUAAAACUUUUGUAAAAGGCUUUUGUGAGCAGACACAUGUAUGGUAAUAAAUGCGUAUAGCCAUGCUUGUGAACCAGAGCAACAUGCAGACUGCAAUCACCACUGAUGGUCACUGAUGUCAAUGGACAGGUGCAUGACUGUUCUAUGCAUGUUUGCAUGCCUCCUUUCAUUCCUUUAUAAGAAUCACAUCCAGUGCAUGCAAUGAAUAGGAGAUAAAACCUCCCCUGAAGGAGCAUUAGACAGAGUUUAGGGAAUUUAUAGCAGGAGAGUCACCUGUGUAAGUUGUAUCUUUGUGCUGGACUGCCCACUGUAUCAGUAGGUUGCAUUACAUGAGCAAUGUGCUAUGAAUUUGUAAUUCUUCCUGUAAAUGAUUGCAAUAGAAUGGAGAAACUAUAAAAUCCAACAAAGGGAUUUACAGGGACAGUCCACUGCCCAAAUACAAAAAUAAACAAAUGAAAAAGCUGUUACUAUUUAGUAGAUAUGAAAACAUGCAUGCAUUUCAUUUUAAAUUUUUUCAUUUGACGUAAAAAAAAAAAAACAACCCGCAAAAACUGCAGUUCUCAUGUCUGAAGCCUGUGCAAGCCCUCUUGUAACCACGCCCGGACUUUCUGUGGCUGUCCAAUCACAGACUUCCCGCUGCAGCUCAAUGAGAAGUCUUUGCAAGGCAGUUGCUCUGGGUAAUUGCUGCCUCUUGAGUUUUGCUCCACUGAGCUAACCAAACCAGGAAGUAACCGGAACGGUUGUCUAAAUGCCAGAUGGGUGUAACAAGGUUAAUUUAUAAAAGAGCCAAUUUCUUCUGAUAUUUGCAUUUUUUUUGUAAAAUGAAACAAAGAGAUUACACUCUUCACACAUAAAGCAUUUCAGCACGCUAAAGUAAUUUAGGGGUCUGGAGUGUCCCUUUAACUGAGAAUAAACUUCUCCCAGCCUUACUAGUUUUGCCUAACGUUUUCUGCUUAAUUGUUAACUCAUUGUUUAGUGUAUUUACAUAUGUAUAACAAGUUGACCCAUAUUGCUAUUAACACGUUAUAGAAGGAGAAAAUAUAGCCCACUACCCGUAUUGUAUUCCAAGUUAUUGUAAUGUAUUCCUCAUUCACAGACAAGGGAUUGAGUUUGCUUUCCGAGAGCCUGCAGUAGAAGAAGGCCAACCACCGCCCAACUUGCCGUUUUUAAUUCUCAUCAGUGAGUUCUCCAGUAAACUUUUGAAAGCUGACAAGAGACUUGUGUAAGUCAUCAUUUCAUAAUUUUUUUUUUAAAAAGUAAUUGGAUCUGUUAUUCAUUAAAAAUCCUCCUAUUUCAAUUAUUUUUACCACAAUGCUAUAGCAGUAAUAACUAAUUCGUACUAUGCUGGAUACCGCUUGGAUUGCUUUAUAAAAAUUUAAAUACAUAUUGUAGUGUUCAACCUCAUAGUUUAAUACAUAAUAUUAAACUGGAUGCAAGUAUCUGUUUGUUGGCUAUUUUGCAAAACGUGUAAUUAAAUUUGCUAGAAGAGAGGAAGACAUCAGAUUCUGUUAAAAAUGUGGCUGGUCCAACAAAUAUUUAAUUCCCUAAUUCACCCUCAUGUGGUUUCCACUGUAUCCCCUGCGGUAUCUGUUGCCCCUUUUGUGGCUCCCUUGUUCCACCUUUCGUCUCCUCAUUUCACAUUGUGCUCCAAAUUACCUUUUUCCUUGUUCCCUCUUGUGGACAACAUCUACUUUUUUGUGUCCUCUGGUUCCAGUUGAUUCCGGUCUUGACAUUACCUGUCCUUGUUUCUAUGUGUCUGUUUUGAAUCUACAAAAACGUUGUUCAUAUGUAACAACAAAAUGACAUAUUUCAUGACUAUUUUACUAAAGACAGUCCUAAAAUGUGUUAGUGGGGCCCUUUAAGGUAGGGCUGCCAUCUGGUAUUUUGCAGGCACGGCCUGUGUUUAAGGGUGUCUGGACCGUGCAGGUAUUGCAAAAAUACUGGCAAUGUAAAGGCCUGUAUUUUUCUCUGACUGGGAGAGUUUUGAGCCAGAAUAUUAUACACGACAGGCACACAUGUUGCUAUAUACACCCAAUAACACUCACUCACUGAAAUACAUUUCAAUCCAUAUUGUCCCAAAUUGACCCAAAACGUCUUUCAUGUACCUCAACAUGUACCGCCCCUCUGUCUACACCAGGCCACAGUAGUGCUGUUGCAGGCAUUAAGUCCAUCAACAGAAGGUGCUAUAAUUCUUUUCAUUGAUAUGUUGGGCUGAAGUAGAAUAGAGCUCAAUCUUCAGAUUGUUGUUUUACCUUUUCUUAGCAUUGCAGCUUCAUCUUACACGUACAUGAUAGUGAAGUUCUUUGGUUCAUGCAUUUUGGAGAAGUUUUCUGUGUAGGAUUGGUGUAGCACAGUAUAAUGGAGAAUGGUGUUUGGGGACCCUCUUCUUGGACAAAAAGUCACAUUCUGCUUACUGUGUAUGCAGAGAAUAGCUGGAUAACUGUGUUUAUAUUCAAAUAGUGUCAGGCAAAACCCGUUUUAAAUAGUUGUUAGAGGAAAUUCAUUUUUCAAACGCCAAUUAAAAAUAGACCACUUAUCUCACAAUGGAACAUCAUUUCCAACAAAUUUACAUGAUUGAGUGUGCUAGCACUGUUCUUCCCUUUAGCCAGAAUACAGUAUGGUAACUAUUCUUCUUUUGGGCCAACAGCGUAAAAGAAUGGGUUUUUAAUCUAUACUACUAUGUAACAGGUAAUCUGUGAUGUUGGGCUUAUCCAUCCUUUAGAUCUGGAUACCUGCAAAGAUUUGCAAAUGAGCAGAUGCUACUUUACAGAGGAGCAGAAUGGCACCCGCUAGUUGUGUAUAAUAAUUCCUUACAGGAUACUCUGGAUGAAGAUAGUUCUUAUAAUGGAAGUUCCGUUUCACAAGACAUUGCGUCUUCCAGCAUAUCCCCGUAUCUGAAGAGAAAGCCAUCCCAUGGUAAGCAUCACAUAUUCCAUCUCAUGUGUACAGUACCAAAAUCACAUUUUGAAACAGAAGAUUAAUUGACACGUGCCUGCCGGACAUACUUCUGGGUGUCCAUGUGUUUCCUGAAUUGUGAAUUUUUUUUUUCUGUACCUGUAUGGACCCAUGAUUAGCUCCAAGUUUUAUCACCAAGAUGUGCAAGAUGUUUUCAUCAAAUAUCUCUGUUAUCAAUAUAAACAUAAGAUACUAGGUGCUGUCUGAGUUCUAAUAAAAUUCCGGUGCUCUUAGAGUUUAUCAAGUCUGAUAUCAAAAGAAGGUUGGCAAAAGAGGUUAACUUUUCUGUGUUUUCUUCACAUUUUUUUUUUAAAAUUCUUUAUUUUUGUAGUGCAUGAUAGUUACCAUGCGUACAGCGACAUUUUUAAAAGUAAAAAGAAGUACAAUGUGGUGGAAACAGGUUUGUUAUAAAAUGUCAAAUAUGCAGCACUAUUUUUGUUUUUGAAACACGAAAACAUCAAUGCAUAGAGCGUGCCAGUUAGAUAAGAAUUAGAUCAGGACAUAUGCAGUGGAUGUGUAGACAGGCAUUAGUGUUUUUGCCCAGGCUAGUUAAACGUAGGUUAUUAGUCACCCCACCUAUCUACGAGGACAUAAGAGUAUAAGCUAAGAAUAUUAGUAGUGGUGGUCAGACUACACUGGUAUUGGAAGUGGUGGUCAGACUACACUGGUAUUGGAAGGCUUAAAUGCAUAUAUAGUAUUAAGACAACUGCAGUAGAACCACAUCCCCGUUGUCUUAUUCCCCCAAGCUAACCACCCGUGAGGCCACUGAAAUAGGUGAGAUAGGUGCCUAACAAUUCGCUGUGUGUGCUUGCAGCUGACAAGUAUAUCAGUAAUAAAAUUAGAGGUAUUAACAGAAGCAGAGUAUAAGAGCAAAAGAACAAAAUAGUAUUGAACUGUUGGCUGUUCAGUGACUCAGCAGAGAACAUGUUAAGGAGCUGCCCCUUAGUAGUACAAGUCUCUGUUCAGCCGACUCCCUCCUGGGGCAAGCAAAUGUCCCGCAGUGCGACACUGGUGAAAAUAAUGUAUUACUGAAACUAACUAGGAAAAUCUGACGUUUAGCCCACUCCUGUCAUAGGAUGGAUACUGUCCCGGUUAAGAGAGGUGUUCCAGUCCCGUGCCUUGGUGCUCCACCAGCCACGGGCCAUGACAAUGCCCCUAUCACCAGUCCCAUUAAUCCCAUUUGGGGCUAUGAUCUGACCUCGACGCCUUGUAAGGGGUUGUUUGUAGUCGCGGGUAAUGUUGGUCUUCCGAGAUAGUGAUUUGCGUCUAGGUGAUUUUCCUGGUUGCUGGACUUUGCCGGGCAGAUUCUUCGGCUCGGGGUUUGUUUGCGCAGCAUCCGCUUCUUCUUUGGUGACAUUGCUGUGCCAUAGCGUCGCCCAGGAGUCGCAGGCUGCCCAGUUGUAAGCGGCAAGUUUGGCUCUGGCUGGGCUCCAGCAGGCUUGUGCCGGCGUGCGGCUAGUGUGGACCAGAAGUUUGCGAGCAGGGCAUUUAGCUUCUCCUGCAGAGUCAGUUGUUUAGGUCGAGGAGAUGAGUCAUGGCAGGUGGGUAGUCCCAAGUGUGUAGUAGUGGGAGCUUCAUCGGUGUGCCUCUGUUGAAAGUUGCCGGGAUAACCCCCACCGUCUGGGGGAUGGAGGGGGGGGUGGGGGGAUAGGUUGCAGGCUAGUCCUACCGGUUGAGUGCUUGAUAGCAGGCUGAAGGAUCGACCGCCUCCCUCUUGUGCGCUGCUAGUAGGCCCCUUGUAGGCCUCAAAGUCCUCUCCGGGGUUACCUGCCAAUCCUGGUCAGAAACACCACUGGUUUACGAGCUGGGGAUGUCUCCUGACCCCGUGGUGUCAAGGGAUGUAAGGGUUGAGUCGUAGAUUUGCAUUUAUCCCUUAUUUAGGAGCCAGAUUGCACGGAGCUCUCAUUGUGUGCGACCGUUCAACGCGGCUGAAGGCUCCACCCCUUAACAUUCUUUUUUAAAGAACACUGUGGAUUAUUAAAUAAAGUUUCACUUUUAACCUACUUAUGGACAAAUAGAAUCAAGCCUGUAAGCAGAACAGGGAACAGGAAGCUCCUUCCUCUAUGAUGACUAUUACUCAAGUUAUAUAUUUUUCUCACAGUACAAUUGGAAUAUACUCAUUUGGUUUUGCUCACUCCAGGAGUUGGUCUAGAGGAGGAAUAUUCAUCUGAACAUAUGAACAGUCAUCGCCCUGUCAAAAGCAGGAAAAGGCUGAUAUUUGAGGAGCAAGCUUCACGAGAUAGUAUUUCUCUACAGAGGUAAAAAGCAGUGAAGUGUAAUAAUGUUUUGACAUUGAAAUAAUUUAUUUUAAGUCAGUUUGCCAAAUUUUCAGUGUAAAGAUAAUGCAUACCUACCAACUCUCUCUCUUUAGGAGGGAUUGUCCCUAUAUUGGGCCCAAAUCCCUCUGUCCCUUAUUUCUAUCCCAAUGUCCCACUUUCUUUUAGUAACCUCAUAUUGUUGGUGUUUCUGAGUGUAUAACAGCACCACAGUAAUAAUACUCACAGUAUUGUGUAUGUAUGCAACAAUAAAUAUGUUAAGAUAUAUUGUUCUUUUUCUAAAUUACAUUUUAGUUGCAAACAUUAUUAAAGUCACUUAAAAUUUCUCAGCCCCACUCACACCCCUAAAUAAAGAGUACCUCUUUGUUUGUUUUAAAUGUUGGGAGGUUUAGUAAUGUCACUAGGAAAGGGACUACCUGAAUGCACAAUGCCAAAAGAUAUAUUUUACCAAGUUCGUGUGCUUUAUUCAUUUAAACAAUCAAAAUCCUACAGCAUUAAAAAAAGGUUAAAAAAGUAGACGUUUUGAGUAGUUGUGGAUUUAUACACCUCGCUGGAACUCACCGAUCUUUUGAGAGUCCAGACACAUAGAAUAAAUUGGGUGUAAUAAUCCUUCAGUUUAGAGCAUGUGUAUAUAUAGGCAACUAAAGUGCAAAAAUAAGAUGGAUAAAUGCAUAUAGGAGAUAAAAAGAAAAAUCAUAUCAUGGUAUAGUAUUUAUUAACAAACAUAAUAGUGCUAUAAAAAGUUAAAAUCACACUCCCAAAGAAAGUGGCUCUGGAUAAAGUCUGGUAGGACAAAACGUGUUGAGCUUGGAACUAGCAUUAUAUAUCCCAGAAGCCCUCGGUCAGCCCCCUACCUCGAUCAAUAUAUCAUCAUUUGAACUCUUCUAUAGAACAUUGGAGAUCCAUGGAGGUGGGACUGCAUGUCAAUUGUGAGGUAUUCAAGACUGUAUCUGGGACUUAGCCCCUCGAGUGGCUUACAUGCUGUUUUGCACAAUGUAGGAAUACUUCUAAUUGUGCCACUUUCUUUGUGAGUGUGAUUUUAACUUUUUAUAGCACUAUUAUGUUUGUUAAUAAAUACUACACCAUGAUAUGAUUUUUCUUUUUAUCUCCUAUAUGCAUGUAUCCAUCUCCUGAGUGGUAAAUAUAUCUACACCUUUGUUAUUGUGGCGCUCUAUUUUAUAUAUAGAUCAUUUCUGACUCUAUAUAUUUUUGCACUUUGGAUUGAGGGAUUUGGGGAGUGAUCCCUAUAUAGAGGCUGGCCUGCAUCUUUUUGCCCAUCUUUCAUACACCUGUUCCUUGUUUUAUAUAGGCAACUAAGCAUUGAAGAGGUAACUGGUCCUAUUGUCAAAGCUGUACAGACUCUUCUGUACACAGCAGUUUGCGAAAAGCUACUCACAAAUACUAAUAUACUUAUAAUCAUGCCUCUUUUUAUGUUUGUGAAUCACAUACAUGAAAAUGGCCACAUCAAUGGUUGUUGUGUUGGUGAAAGAGUACAAUGGCAACUAUUCAUGAAAAACACUGGUAUUAUUUACACGGAGGAUGUGCUCAUUCUGAUUAUAAUUAUACAUGCCCUGACAGCUACACACACUCUAAAAAAGACUUUCCAAAUGCAAGAGGUCCACAGGGAGGACAGAAGGCACUGAACACAGAAAAGUAAAUGGGCAUUAGACAGAAAGCAGGGGGUUGAAGAGAAUGUGACAGCUGACACCAUAUGAGAAGAGAAAUCAUGGAGACAUUUCAGUGUGUGAUCCACAAGGACAGCAAAGGGUCAGAACAGCCGGCAUAUGUUUAGUCAAGAAAGUAGGACUGACAGAUGCAUGCUAAUGGUUUGUGUGGGGGUUGUUUUUAUUACUACUGUGUCACUGGAUAAUUUUUAAGAAAAUCAAGUGCCUUUGGAAGGAACAUAAGGGCAACAGUUUGAAAACAAAAGCCAUAUAGCUAUCAACAGUACAAUUGGAGCAUACAGGGGAUUCAAAUGACUUUCCCAUGAUGCACAGCCAAAUUCUGGAUUAGUAAAAUGGAUGUAGUAGACUACAAACAAUUGAUAACAAUUUAUAACAAUCUCUUUGACUCCGACCUCUCUUUCACCCCUCAUGUCCAAUCAAUCGCCAAAUCCUGUGGCUUCCAUCUCAAAAAUAUUGUGGCAUCCGACCCUAUUUAACACUUGAUACGGCAAAGUCCAUGCUUGUCCAUGCCACUGUCCUCUCUCACCUUUACUACUGUAAUCCACUUCUCAGUGGUCUUACGUGUUCCCAACUUGACCCGUUACAGUGUAUAAUAAAUGUGGCGGCGAGGCUCAUCUUCCCGCACCUUUGUCAGUCCCUACAUUGGCUUCCCGUAAGAUAUAGGACUCAAUUUAAGAUCCUGAUACCUGCUUACAAAUCUCACAAUGCUACUCUGACCUACUUAUCCUCACUAUUACACAAAUAUGUCCCGUCUAGGCCCCUACGCUCUGCCGGAAACCUACGUUAACCUCGUACUCCUACCUCUGGUAUUCAUCUUAAAGACUUCUCUAAGGAUGCACUGUUCCUAUGGAACGCUCUUCCCCUCUGUUAGACUUUCACUCAGUCUCCACUCCUUCAAAAAAAUCUUUGAAAAUGUACUUCUUCAGGAAGGCAUAUCAAUUAAACUGUGAACAGCUUUCUCUCCCCGCACCCUGAUUCCGCUCCUGUCAUCAAAACAAAACUCUAAGCCUUCAGUGAAUACUAUCCUAGCAAACUACUUUACUACCCUAACCUUACCUUUUGUGUCACUAUACCCCACUCAUUGUGUAUUGCAAAGGAUAUGUCAGGUUUAGAAAGAAGUUUCAAAUCACUUACAGCUACCCUCUUAACCAUUCACUUUGAUGCAGAUGUGUAAGUCUGUGGCGUAUCUGGUAACAAGUGGUAUUGGAAACUCCCAAUUCUUUUUACACUGCCCAGAGCUUAUGGUACAUCAGUAAUAAAAGGGAAAAUGUUAAAUACAUACAUAGUAAGCUGAAAAAAAUUGUCAAGUAAGUCUAACCAAUACUAAGGAGUAUCAUUUUAUUAUUUUAUUCUUAGCGUUCAACCACCUAAGAAGCAGAGUCAGAAAAAUAUAGAGGAUGAUGAAGACAUUGUAGAAGUGGAUAUGGAGAUUGAUAAGGAGCAGGUAAUCACGUGUGGAAUUCUGAGUGUAUGCUCACAUUAUUAACUAUUGAGUCUGUAAAACAAUUUCAGCCAUUAGCAAAGAUAACUGCUGACUAUUUUUUGUGCUCUUAAAUUUAAUUGUCACGGUCAAAGGUCUGUAUCCAGGUACUUCUCACUGGUUAUAUUUACUAUUCAAGUGGUAUUUUAAAAAGAUUUACUGCACACUGUCGAGGAUAUUCAAUAAAGUGAAUAUUGAUUUUUUCUUUCUUCAUUUGAAUGUUUAUUGAUAAAAACAGGUGGUGGAUACAGAAGAGAAAGAGGGAGGGGUGUGGAGGGGGAGAGGGUGAUAUUUACCAGCAAGUAUUGUUAUACAACAGUAAACAUAAUCACAUGUGGCAGCAUUCCCGCUCGUACAUAUAUCAAACUCCUGUACAUUUAUGUGAGUGUCAAGACCAGAAAAAACUGAGAUAACUCACUGGAACUGUACAUUAGAAUUCAUGCUCGGCUGGCCAAGUACCAUCCCUAGGGAGUCUAUCCUUCACAUCCAGUCCCAGGAGUGAGUGAACUAACCCUUAAAUAUAAAAUGUAUGUGGCUCAGGCAGACCUUGUGAUGAGUAAUUCCAGAGGGAGGGGGGACCAAAAUGUUAAGCUCAUCAGGAAGGGGCGGAUAAAGAAUGGUGUUAACAGUGCCAUAUAUUACAGACAUUAAAGCUCUGCCCAUCUUCACGUGUCCCACAAUAUCCAAGUCUCUCUAAAGCAACGUGUGUGGGGGCAAAUGAAAGUGAAUUUGGAUUCAUAGAGUCGCUGUUUGUCUAUCUCCGCGAUUACAUCAGAUAGUUUUGGGGGAAAGGGCGAUUUCCAUGCUCUCGCUAUCAUUUGUUGAACUCCUCCCAGGAUUAGAUGUUGGUUUGAGGGUCUCCCUGUGUUUGGGUGGGCUUUAAAUGUUGAGAGACUAAGGAUCUCAGUUGUAUGUAACAAAGAGAUGUUUGUGGUAAGCCGUGAGUCUCAAACAAUUGCUUAAAGCUUAAAAUGGUGUCUUCCUGGACAAUCUGACAUAGGCGUGUGAGUCCAAUUUUAAUAAAUGUGUGAAAAAUAUUUAAAUUUAAGUGCAAAAUAGCCUAACUGAAAAAAAUUUGAGUUAGACGUUUCCAUUUUGGCUACUUUGGCCUUAAAUUUGAAAUUUGUUUUGAAAACGCACUCUAAUGAAUAACUUUGUACUUAUAAUCUUGUGAGUUAUUUACAGGGUUAUUUAUUAAAGAAAGAUUUUUUGGGAAUUCAGAGUUAAUUAAAAAUGAAUUUAAAAUUUAAGGUCAAGCAGCUGAUUUGUAAAAAUUCUCCAGUUUAGCAAUAUUGGUCUAAAAUAUAAAUUAACUUUGAAUUCAAACAAUACUCGCCUUAGUAAAUAGCCCUGCUCUUGUAUACAAAUAACUUGUAACUCUUGGAUGAUAGUUUGGACAAGACUGGGAGAAGGUGGGUGUGUAAAUUUGUGGGUGAGGUUGUUUGUAGUUUUGUAUGUUAGUAGGUAUACUGCUUGUGUGGUUGUAUUUGUGCAGGUGGUUGUUUGCUGUGUUGCUUUUGUGAGGAUAGGCUACUUGUGGUGUUGCUUGUUUCUGUGAAUCUUGCUUAAAGGGUUGUGUGUGGGGUCGAUGCUGCUUGUGUGGUUGUGUAUGAGUGGGGAAGGCUGCUUGCAGUGUUGUGUGUGUAAGAGGGAAGUUGUUCUGGGAUUGUGUGUGUGGAUGGGGUUGUUAAAGAUAUAGUAUGUGUGUGCAUGUAAAUAGGGGAUGAGUGUGGAUAAUGGCUCUAGUGUGUGUGUUUGAGUAUAACAAGAAAUGCUAUAUUGUAAUAACCAGGGUUACAAUAGAACAGAUCUGCUUAUCAUCUACAUACAGUGGAUGUGGUGUAUAUAUCACAGACUAAGAAUAUUUCUAUUUUGUGAUUCUUUUUUUUAAUAGCCUUUUCCUAAUUUUCUUUCCGAAUUAUUUUUAUUUUCUAGGAGAAUGUUGUGACCAUGAUAAUGCCUAGCAAUUCUACCUGAUCUCAUGCCCUAAGAUGACGUACCCACAAUCAAAACAAAAUUAUGGCUCGAUUUGUUGGGGGAAAAAAACCUUCCAUUGAAGGGGGAUUUUGGAGCAGGGUGAAAAUGCAAUCGAUGUAAAAUACGCACAUACAAAAAUAGAAAACAAAUCAUCCCCACAUGUAGAAGAACUUUAACAUGGGGGAGUAGUAUAAUGUAAUUAUUUUGUAUGCAUCUUCAAUAUAUUCCAUGUUAUGUUUAAUAUGAAGGAUUGUAAACAUUUUAUUUGAAAAUGGCUGAAUUCCUUAAAUUUUUAUACUUCAAUAAAUAUGGGACUUUUAUGUA